GAGACCCUCCAGCAGCUGGUGAUGAUGCCUCUUCCCAACGUGCUUGUGCUGGGCAGGAACCCUCUCAGUGGUACGUCUGUCAUCUGACUGAUCUGCCAACAAUACACACUGUUACACUGAUCAGCCAUCAAAUGUUACAGUGUGUAUAAUACACACUCUGUUACACUGGGAUAUAAUGUGCUUUUUGAACCCUUUAUUACUUCAUUAUUAUGCAACGUACAUGUAGGUUUGUUGCAUUUCACAGUCCCCUUUUCAUCUUGAAAUCAGUUUUCCUCACGUCAAACCUUGUGUGUAGAUUUAAAUUCCCACAGCUAGAAUUAGUCUCGGUUUUCUUCAUGGUACAAUAUUGGCAUAUUGGCUGGCUAAAUAAAAUCAAGAUCAAACCAGCCAUUGAUUGUAUUGUCAAAAUACUGUGAUUUGGAAAACACUAUGCUGGUUUAUUGAAUCUUGAAUCAUUCUGCUACUGUGAAACUUAGCUAGUAUCUGCGUCUAGAGUCAAGACCUAGACAACACAGCCAUGUCAUUUGAUACUCCUAUGUGCAAAGUAUUAUCAGACCAACUCAAAGUCCUGAACCAAAAUGUGGCAUUCCGGUCUCUUUCCUGUGACCUUUGACCCUAGUUGUGUGCAGGGGUGCUGGUAUCUGGAGCCAUCUGAAAGUGAUUGACCAUGUGGCUUUUAUUAUGCAGUCAUUAAGGCUCAGUGGGUUAUGGGCCUAUUAUCAGCACUGGGAAUCCAGAAUCCACCCCGGGCUCUGAUUUAUUAACCCACUCUGUACUAAACACUAAAAAACCCUGCUCCUCUGAGCCCACUAACUCAUCUGGUUCCCUCUCCCCUCCUGCCCCCCUACCCCAGACUGUCUGUUGAAAUCAGAUGCAACUUCCACACUCAAUAUCACUUUGAUUCAGUCUAAUCCAGCUUCAAAAUGGAAAGCACUUAGACCAGCUAGAACACAAUGUGCUCCUGAAGGCUAAUCUCCUGUUCAAUGUGGACAGUCAUGCCAUGUCUGUGUCUUUAUAGUGAAACUACUUCUCCUUGGGUCCAACGAUCAAGCCUUUAUUUCAGAGACUGGGCAUGAGUGUCAGUUUCCUGCCACGUAGAGAGCAGUUUGUACCUACUUUGUAUUGCUGACAUUGUAAGUGUGGUCAUUUAGAUGCCAGAGAAGUGUCCCUUUUCAGGAACAAUGACAAUUGUAAGGAGAUGUAUGCACAAAUGUAUGCACUCACUAACUGUAAGUCGCUCUGGAUAAGAGCGUCUGCUGAAUGACUAAAUUGUAAAAUGUAUAAGUGCUCUCCAAUGACAGGUGGAGGCAGGCCAGAGUGGCAGUCAUCAGCAAUGCUAUGUGGGGUUCUGGGAAGGUCAGGAAACCUGAAGUCACAUUUAGAAUCCUGAAGAUGGUUAGAACACCUGGGGCCUCAUUUAUAACCGUUACGUAAAUUUAACACUAAAUAUCUGCGUGUGCCAUUUCUGAAAAGACUGCACACGCACCAAAAUAUUGAGAUUUAUCAACUUGGCGCACGCCAUACAUAUGCAUGUUUCCUGUUAUAAAUCAAACCUGUCGUAAAAAAGUGUGUGCGUGAACGAGCAUUAUACAGUGGGGAGAACAAGUAUUUGAUACACUGCCGAUUUUGCAGGUUUUCCUACUUACAAAGCAUGUAGAGGUCUGUAAUUUUUAUCAUAGGUACACUGUGAGAGACGGAAUCUAAGACAAAAAUCCAGAAAAUCACAUUGUAUGAUUUUUAAGUAAUUAAUUUGCAUUUUAUUGCAUGACAUAAGUAUUUGAUACAUCAGAAAAGCAGAACUUAAUAUUUGGUACAGAAACCUUUGUUUGCAAUUACAGAGAUCAUACGUUUCCUGUAGGUCUUGACCAGGUUUGCACACACUGCAGCAGGGAUUUUGGCCCACUCCUCCAUACAGACCUCCUCCAGAUCCUUCAAGUUUCGGGGCUGUCGCUGGGCAAUAUGGACUUUCAGCUCCCUCCAAAGAUUUUCUAUUGGGUUCAGGUCUGGAGACUGGCUAGGCCACUCCAGGACCUUGAGAUGCUUCUUACGGAGCCACUCCUUAGUUGCCCUGGCUGUGUGUUUCGGGUCAUUGUCAUGCUGGAAGACCCAGCCACGACCCAUCUUCAAUGCUCUUACUGAGGGAAGGAGGUUGUUGGCCAAGAUCUCGCGAUACAUGGCCCCAUCCAUCCUCCCCUCAAUACGGUGCAGUCGUCCUGUCCCCUUUGCAGAAAGCAUCCCCAAAGAAUUGAUGUUUCCACCUCCAUGCUUCACGGUUGGGAUGGUGUUCUUGGGGUUGUACUCAUCCUUCUUCUUCCUCCAAACACAGCGAGUGGAGAUUAGACCAAAAAGCUAUAUUUUUGUCUCAUCAGACCACAUGACCUUCUCCCAUUCCUCCUCUGGAUCAUCCUGAUGGUCAUUGGCAAACUUCAGACGGGCCUGGACAUGCGCUGGCUUGAGCAGGGGGACCUUGCGUGCACUGCAGGAUUUUAAUCCAUGAUGGCGUAGUGUGUUACUAAUGGUUUUCUUUGAGACUGUGGUCCCAGCUCUCUUCAGGUCAUUGACCAUGUCCUGCCGUGUAGUUCUGGGCUGAUCCCUCACCUUCCUCAUGAUCAUUGAUGCCCCACGAGGUGAGAUCUUGCAUGGAGCCCCAGACCGAGGGUGAUUGACCGUCAUCUUGAACUUCUUCCAUUUUCUAAUAAUUGCGCCAACAGUUGUUGCCUUCUCACCAAGCUGCUUGCCUAUUGUCCUGUUGCCCAUCCCAGCCUUGUGCAGGUCUACAAUUUUAUCCCAGAUGUCCUUACACAGCUCUCUGGUCUUGGCCAUUGUGGAGAGGUUGGAGUCUGUUUGAUUGAGUGUGUGGACAGGUGUCUUUUUUACAGGUAACGAGUUCAAACAGGUGCAGUUAAUACAGGUAAUGAGUGGAGAACAGGAGGGCUUCUUAAAGAAAAACUAACAGGUCUGUGAGAGCCGGAAUUCUUACUGGUUGGUCGGUGAUCAAAUUCUUAUGUCAUGCAAUAAAAUGCAAAUUAAUUACUUUAAAAUCAUACAAUGUGAUUUUCUGGAUUUUUGUUUUAGAUUCAGUCUCUCACAGUUGAAGUGUACCUAUGAUAAAAAUGACAGACCUCUACAUGCUUUGUAUGUAGGAAAACCUGUAAAAUCGGCAGUGUAUCAAAUACUUGUUCUCCCCACUGUAACUACGCCUGAAAAACGCCCAUCAUUCACCUUUUGUGGUGAAGAUAACGCAUUUAUUUGCUGUAGAUUGGAAGUAUUGGAAUUAGUCCAAGACAGUAUCUAAAGGAAAUAGCGAUGGCGACCUUGAUCAAAUGUCUUUGGAGGGAUUGGCAGAAUGUUUUCUUUUGCAGUGACAUUUACUGUAUCUGACCAGUUUCUGAAGGGCAAAAACAAUAGCAAAUUGUUGUGGACCUGUAAACAGAUCGUUUGAAUGCAAUAAUGUUUUGCAUUCACAUUUUCUCAAACCUAAAUAUUCCGCACUGACGUUGUUUACUCGGGGGGAAAAAAUGAAAACUACAGUAGGCCUACUUACAGUGGUAGCCUACACACUUCAAUGCAAAAUAUCAACUGUAUGUUCACCUGUUCAUCUUAUGAACCGUGCUCCCUGUCGGAUGCAUAGAGCAAAGACUUAAAAUUAUCUAAUAGGCCCAAUUUAAACGAGAGAUGUGCAUAGUAAUUUGUUGUAUAGCUACAUCGGGAAUAUGAACUCCGCUGUCUCAACAUGCAAUGGUUAUAUGUAUGUAUGUAUGUAUGUAUAUGUGUUUAUAAAUGAAAUAUAUGUUUAUAAAUGAAAUAUUGUCUACUUGAGAAAUUCGACAUUGCAUUAUUCAGAUGUAGCCUACAAAUGUCAAUGGAAAAGGUGAACCGUCUGUUCUACCGUUAAACUGCGCUUCAGAUUAGAUCACAGAGCAAAAUACUCUAUUUACAGCUGUGACAUGGGUCCAAUUAAAUGAGAGAUGGGACGAAUGUUAGCCUAUACUAACUUGUAGGCCUAUAGGCUAUUUGGCGACACGAGUAGCCUAUGAAACUUUUGGUCAGAAAAGGUGAGGAAUCUAUUCUGCAAUGAUCAUGGAAAUAAAAUAAAUAAUAGGAAAUGUAUGCCUAUUUCUAAUUAUUUUAGAAUGCAAAGAUAAGAAAAAAGUAAAAUGUCGCUCUUCGCACUAAUGGCAAAUGUUUGCAUCUUGUUAUUAUAUUUAGUUAGGCUACUAGUUGUAUUUAUUUUUAUGAAUAACAUUUGCACAAGGCUACUACUUUGCCUCUUGCAAUGCAAUACUUCAACCACUAGAAACUGCGUAGACAUGGUCUAUAAAGUUUGUGGGAGCAUAAGCAUAUUCUCACGUCAAGUUUAGUUUUUAUAAAUGCCAAGUUUUGCGUGAACUGGCACACACAUAUUUUGAGGCAUAUUUUGUGCAUAUGCAAUGUUUAUAAAUGAGGCCCCUGGGGAGUAGUGGAAAUAAGUGAUUUAUGAAAUCAGUUUCAGUGAAAUGAGCAAAAGUCUGGUCUUUUCUUUCUCAUCAGAGGAACCAUGAGUAGUCCCUGACCCACAUUAUAGAUAUAAUGAAUAACAAUUAUUGGGCCAAUUGACAAAAUACGCUGUGUACAAAACAUUAGGAACACCUGCUCUUUCCAUGACAUAGACUGACCAUGUGAAAGCUAUGAUCCCUUACUGAUGACACUUGUUAAAUCCACUUCAAUCAGUGUAGAUGAAGGGGAGGAGACCGGUUAAAGAAGGGUUUUUAAGCCUUGAGACAAUUGAGACAUGGAUUGUGUAUGUGUGCCUUUCAGAGGGUGAAUGGGCAAGACAAAAGAUUCAAGUGCCUUUGAACGGGGUAUGGUAGUAGGUGCCAGGCGCACCGGUUUGAGAGUGUCAAGAACUGCAACGCUUCUGGGUUUUUCACCUGUAUGCCCCAGCGUUACUCAGAGGCCUUGGGCCCCUUCUCCCUGGUAGGACCCCCCUCGCCAGGUUCCUGUGAACAAUGGCUGGGCAGGAAGGGUUGCAGCAGAGGGGAUGGUCACUGUCUGUGCGCCCCUGUGAGUUUCCUGCCAGGAAGAGCGGAGUGUAGCGACCGAGGAAAGGAGCCACACUAGGCACAUACAGCACUAUCAUAACAAAGCCUGCGGAGCCAAACCUCAGCAGAGCCAAGGCUGCUGAAGGGAAAUUUCCAUCUAUUUUAAACCUCCUCCUCUUCCACUCUCUCCCCCAUCUCUUUCCUUCUGUCUCUCGCUUUUUCAUCUCUCUCCGUCAUCUCUCCUUCUCUCCAGACAUGCUUGGUUCAGUCAGCUUCUUAAAUUAUUUAUCCAGCGCCUGCCUGCUCAUUAUCUACAGCGCUCAACAAGAUUUGCUUUCUAAAUCACUGCACAGGCUUCUUUGUGUAGGCUCUGUGUGUGUAUGAAUCCUUCUUAAGGCUUUCAGUUAGAAGAAAUAGCAUUUAGAAGGCAUUCGUAACAGCUGGCCUUCUGUACUCAGAAUAUAAUCUAGAACAGACUACUCUCAUAUUCCCGAAAGGACCACACACACCACCGCUUUUUCGGCGUGGUCCCACCACCCGCUGAUGGACAUCUGACUGCCAACAUUUUCGCGCAAUUCUACAUGAACAAUCGGUUUGCACUUGGUUUGCAAAUUACGGUUGGCACUCUGUUGAGAGGUGCUAAGUACUCUCGGCCGGCAAACGCUAUUGUGUGUCCUAGCCUUUAUAGAUGUUGUUUAGCUUUGAUGACGUAUUGUGAGGAUGGGCCUCAAAACCAUCUAAUCGUCGUCCAUUACGCCCAUAUCCUAUCAGAAUAUUAUAUUGAGUUAUUCACUGCGACCUUAACACUUAAAGGUCAGUUUAGUUUUUUUUAUAUGAGUAAACUUGCUAAAGUGCCAAAAUUCAGCAUUUUGACAUGUCCCUCAGUGCACCCUCUAUCACUUUCUAGGAAGAUUUUUAACCCCAACAUUUCUCUUAAGUUUUCACCAUCAUUGUAAAGCCCUAGUUAUUUUGUUACUUUGACAGUCAUUUCUGAAGAUUAUUUAUUUUGUGUGAUUUAUUUAUCUGGCCCUCAUUUUAAGGUCAACCCAGUUACUUGAACUGAACUCUUGUUUUAAUAUGGUGAAACUAUUCCUUUUUAAAUAUUUUUUUCUAAAGAAACAUUGAACAUCUUAUUAAAUCAUAGUGUAAAAGCAGGUGGGUUGGUUCUACUCUUUUUGGCCAUUUUCUGGUGUUUUGUGCUGGAAAACUGAGCAGGUCGAGCAUAACAUGUCAACCCUGUUACUCACAGCUAGAUGGGCUAGAAAUGUUUUAACAAUGUAAAUGUUUUUGAAGUUUGCAUUCAAUUACCAUUUCCUGUUGCACACUACAAGCUUCCAUUCCCUCUGUCAAAAUGAGAUUUAUGGCUGAUUUAAGAUGAAAUCGUCAACCUUUUAUGGGAAAACAUGUUUUUUUAUCAAGUUGAACAUGUGCUCUUUAUGACAGAAUUUAAAAAAUGGGUGAAAUCAGAAGUUUUUUGGGCAAGUUAUACUUCUCCAAAGGCACAGAAUUGGUGGAACGACCCCCCCCACAGAGCAACGCUUAUGUCAGGCAUUUUCACGUCUCGCAAUUGGUAUGCACUCAUAACAGACCUACAGUACUUCUCUCAAUUUAGAUUCUGAGGCUGUUCCUGUUCUGGACCGAGGAGGUUGUGAAUAUAGGCCAGUAGUUAUUUUUCUUACUGAUGGUGCUUCAGUCUGGGCCAAAAAAGUUAUGUUAGUUUAGCUGAGACCUGUGUUUGAUCCUCUGGAUGUCCUGUGUGGACAUUUUGUAAGGAUUCCAGAUGGAAUAGCAAUAAUCUUCUCUUCAAGGAUGGUGUCAUUAGGAUUUGUGAAAAAAAAACACUGUCACUAUCAGUUGUUGAUUAGCUACAUAUAUAGGCUAGCUCAGCUGAAGUGUUGCGAGUCAUAAUUUUUAUCAUGGCUUUUAUAAUCAGUUGAAUUGACACUAUAGCAGUACAUUUAACACCAAAUGCCCCUUAGAAGCAUAUUGCAUUGUAUAGGCUACAUCCAAUAGUUCAACCUUCCAAACCCACUAUCUCCUCUGUCACUACACACCCACAAUCUGCACCCACAUGGAGGAAAUGGAUGCACCAUAACAUACACUAAGAACAAAAUAUUGCCAUUGAUAUUAUGGCUGUCCAUAAAGAUGUUGUACCUACUGGUGGGGAUUUACAGUGCCUUGCAAAAGUAUUCACCCCCCUUGGCGUUUUCCCCAUUUUGUUGCAUUACAACCUGUAAUUUAAAUUGAUUUUUAUUUGGAUUUCAUGUUAUGGACAUACACAGAAUAGUCCAAAUUGGUGAAGUGAAAUGAAAAAAAUAACUUGUUUCAAGAAAUUCUAAAAAAUUAAUAACGGAAAAGUGGUGCGUGCAUAUGUAUUCACCCCCUUUGCUAUGAAGCCCCUAAAUAAGAUCUGGUGGAACCAAUUACCUUCAGAAGUCACACAAUUAGUUAAAUAAAGUCCACCUGUGUGCAAUCUAAGUGUCACAUGAUCUCAGUAUAUAUACAACUGUUCUGAAAGGCCCCAGAGUCUGCAACACCACUAAGCAAGGGGCACCACCAAGCAAACGGCACCAUGAAGACCAAGGAGCUCUCCAAACAGGUCAGGGACAAAGUUGUGGAGAAGUACAGAUCAGGGUUGGGUUAUAAAAAAAUAUCAGAAACUUUGAACAUCCAACGGAGCACCAUUAAAUCCAUUAUUAAAAAUUUUAAAGAAUAUGGCACCACAACAAACCUGCCAAGAGAGGGCCGCCCACCAAAACUCACGGACCAGGCAAGGAGGGCAUUAAUCAGAGGGGCAACAAAGAGACCAAAGAUAACCCUGAAGGAGCUGCAAAGCUCCACAGCGGAGAUUGGAGUAUCUGUCCAUAGGACCACUUUAAGCCAUACGCUCCACAGAGCUGGGCUUUACGGAAGAGUGGCCAGAAAAAAGACAUUGCUUAAAGAAAAGAAUAAGCAAACACAUUUGGUGUUCGCCAAAAGGCAUGUGGGAGACUCCCCAAACAAAUGGAAGAAAGUACUCUGGUCAGAUGAGACUAAAAUUGAGCUUUUUGGCCAUCAAGGAAAACGCUAUGACUGGUGCAAACCCAACACCUCUCAUGACCCCGAGAACACCAUUCCCACAGUGAAGCAUGGUGGUGGCAUCAUCAUGCUGUGGGGAUGUUUUCCAUCGGCAGGGACUGGGAAACUGGUCAGAAUUGAAGGAAUGAUGGAUGAUGCUAAAUACAGGGAAAUUCUUGAGGUAAACCUGUUUGUCUUCCUGAGAUUUGAGACUGGGACAGAGGUUCACCUUCCAGCAGGACAAUGACCCUAAGCAUACCACUCGAGUGGUUCAAGGGGAAACAUUUAAAUGUCUUGGAAUGGCCUAGUCAAAGCCCAGACCUCAAUCCAAUUGAGAAUCUGUGGUAUGACUUAAAUAUUGCUGUACACCAGCGGAACCCAUCCAACUUGAAGGAGCUGGAGCAGUUUUGCCUUGAGGAAUGGGCAAAAAUCCCAUUGGCUAGAUGUGCCAAGCUUAUAGAGACAUACCCCAAGAGACUUGCAGCUGUAAAAGGUGGCUCUACAAAGUAUUGACUUUGGGGGGGUGAAUAGUUAUGCACGCUCAAGUUUUCUGUUUUUUUGUCUUAUUUCUUGUUUCACAAUAAAAAAUAUUUUGCAUCUUCAAAGUGGUAGGCAUGUUGUGUAAAUCAAAUAAUACAAACCCCCCCCUCCAAAUCAAUUUUAAUUCCAGGUUGUAAGGCAACAAAAUAGGAAAAAUGCCAAGGGGGUUGAAUACUUUCGCAAGCCACUGUACAGUAGGUAUAAUUGCUGUGUGGCCCUUUUUUCUGAAUAGACAUGCCUGGUUGUCUAAGCCUGUUAGUAAUCUGUGUUUAUGGCCCAGCGCGGGCUCUCUACCCCUGGUGCUGAUGAGCUGGCUUAACACACACAGACACACACACAUACACACACACACACACACACACACAGAGAGAGAGAAACCACCUGGCUCAUUAUUUUACAGUGCAAUUCUACAGAUUAGCUCAGCCUUGUUGCGCUUCCGAGCAGCUGUUUUAUCAUUUAAUUUACAUGUGGCAUGGCAUCAUACUGUACCUAGCUGAUUGGAUGCUGCAAAAUACAGUACAAUCUUUUUGGUUAAGGACAUCGCAUUAUAAGCAAGCAAUAGCAGGUAUUCAGACCGCUUGACUUUUUCCACAUUUUGUUACGUUGCAGCCUUAUUCUAAAAUGGAUUAAAUAGUUUUUUUGGCUCAUCAAUCUACACACAAUACCUCAUAAUGACAAAGCAAAAACAGGUUUUUAUACAAAAUAAAAAACGGAAAUAUCAAAUUUACAUAAGGAUUCAGACCCUUUGCUCAGUUAUUUGUUGAAGCACCUUUGGCAGCGAUUACAGCGUUGAGUCUUCUUGGAUAUGACGCUACAAGCUUGGCACAUCUGUAUAUAUGGUGAGUUCCUCCCAUUCUUCUCUGCAGAUCCUCUCAAGCUCUGUCAGGUUGGAUAGGGAGCGUCGCUGCACAGCUAUUUUCAGGUCUCUCCAGAGAUGUUCGAUCGGGUUCAAGUCCAGGCUGUAGCUGGGCCACUCAAGGACAUUCAGAGACUUGUCUCGAAGCUACUCCUGUGUUGUCUUGGCUGUGUGCUUAGGGUCGUUGUCCUGUUGGAAGGUGAACCUUCGCCCCAGUCUGAGGUCCUGAGCGCUCUGGAGCAGGUUUUCAUCAAGGAUCUCUCUGUUCUUUGCUCCGUUCAUCUUUCCCUCAAUCCUGACUAGUCUCCCAGUCCCUGCCGCUGAAAAACAACUCCACAGCAUGAUGCUGCCACCACUAUGCUUCACCGUAGGGAUGGUGCCAGGUUUCCUCCAGACGUGACACUUGGCAUUCAGGCCAAAGAGUUCAAUCUUUGUUUCAUCAGACCAGAGAAUCUUGUUUCUCAUGGUCUGAGAGUCCUUUUAGGUGCCUUUUGGCAAACUCCAAGCGGGCUAUCAUGUGCCUUUUACUGAGGAGUGGCUUCCGUCUGGCCACUCUACCAUAAAGACCUGAUUGGUGGAGUGCUGCAGAGAUGGUUGUCCUUCUGGAAGGUUCUCCCAUCUCCACAGAGGAACUCUGGAGCUUUGUCAGAGUGACCAUUGGUUUCUUGGUCACCUCCCUGACCAAGGCCCUUCUUGGUUUUUGUUCUGACAUGCACUGUCAACUGUGGGAACUUAUAUAGACCGGUGUGUGCCUUUUCAAAUUCUGUCCAAUCAAUUGAAUUUACCACAGGUGGACUCCAAUCAAGUUGUAGAAACAUCUCAAGGAUGAUCAAUGGAAACAGGAUGCACCUGAGCUCAAUUUCGAGUCUCAUAGCAAAGGGUCUGAACACUUAUGUAAUUAAGGUAUUUCUGUUUUUUAAUUUUAAUAAAUUAGCAAAAAAUUCUAGAGACCUUUUUUUCGCUUCGUCAUUAUGGGUUAUUGUGUGUAGAUUGAGAUUUAAAAAUUUUUAUAAUCAAUUUUAUAAUAAGGCUGUAACGUAACAAAAUGUGGAAAAGGGGAAGGUGUCUGAAUACUUUCCGAAUGCACUGUAUGUAAUAGGGUUACUUGAAUGGCUCAUCUCAUGGCUGUAGUAAGUAUCCUGUCUGUGUGACCGGGCAGAUAUCUUUUUAGCUUCUUGCAAUAUGAUGCUGCAAAAGCUUAUGGGAUUUGGUUGUGAUUAUGAAAUGGAUUUGAAACAAGGCAAAAUGCCUGGGACAAUAAGAACCACAGUCAAUGAAAAUAUGUAGUCAAAUCAAUGGUAGUAAAACACUAAUUGACAAUCUCUGUGUCUGCAGAGCAAGGUCUGGAGGAGAUGAGGAAGCUGUUGUUGCUGUUGCUUGGCUGUGCCGUCCAGGUAAGUCCUACACUCAUCACCCCCUUAAUCAUCUACUGUCAGUAGUCUACCAUUACCAUACCUUUCCUGUAGGAUAAGCACUCACUCGUCUACUGUUAUGGGUAGCUCUUACACACUAGUUCCUGAACAUCAAUAACCUUCAGCUCUAUUGUUCAGACAAGUUUUAACACAGCUACAGUUGUAUGAGUAAUGUGAGUAAAAUGAGUCAUUCUCACUCAGACUAGCAUUAGUUCCCCAUUCCUACUUCCUCAGCAGAGUUGGCACUGUGACAGGUGGUCUGUCUUCUGUCCUGGCAGCAGGCCAGAGAAGGGUCAGAGGGGCUGUCAGAGGGUGUGUCUGCUCCAUGGGAGGCUCUGUAUGCCCUGACCCGACCCUUGUCUCUGUCUUUGCCCUGGGCCUGGCUGGAGUAGCACUGAUGAUGCAUCAUACUUAACCCCUGGCCAGAGAGACGCUAACCUCACACAGUCAUUCUCGUUCAUACUUCGUUCACUGUUUUGGGAGUUCUGACAUAGGAUACUUCUUCAAAGACUCCUGAAAGGGAAAUAUGUAUCCAUCUCAUCUUUAUGUGUGAAGUCAGUGUUGAUUAAAUGUUGUUUUCUAGAUCAUAAUUGGUAGGUGACAAUGUUCUAUUACAGGCUAACUAAUUUUUAGCUGAAUUCCUGGUGGUUUUAGUCUUGUUUGACCAAAAAAUCAGGCACGGGCCGGUUAUGGCCUGGGGGCCGCCUGUUACCGACCCCUGACCUACACAUUCCUUCACAGGCAUCUUUCCUCAAAGCCAACCAAUCAGAACCCAGGCCAUUCUCCUGUUAAGAAAACGUAAUAAUUCCAUGCGGAAGCAUUCGAAAAUAAACAAAUUAAUGGGACCAGCGCCGUUGAUAACUACUAGUGCCGUUACUAACUAGCAACGCUAGUCCCAUGAAUUGCAAAGAGUUAUGGGAUAUUAGAACCCUGUUGUCUUAACUUUGUAAUCUUCAACCUCGACGUUAGCUAGCUGGCUAGAUCUUUUUUCUGGCAUUCGCUUAAAAUACUUUUUUCCCCCACCAACGUUAUAAUAUCUGCUUCAGACUGCUUGCCUUCUGCCUAGGCAGCGAAGCUACAAUGCUUUAGCUGGUCCCAUGGUUGAUUCAGAGCGGUAGAACCUCUGCAUUAUUGUGACGCUAUUGUCUUAACUUCCCAUCUUCAACCUAGCCUGUCUUUAGGAAGCUGACCUCACAAAGACCUCUCUAACAUUCCACUCUCCAGACUGUCAUCCUAACCCCAAACUGCCUCCUUUUGUUUGCAGUGUGAGAAGAAAGAAGAGUACAUCGAGAGGAUCCAGACCCUAGACUUUGACACAAAAGCUGCCAUAGCAUCUCACAUCCAAGAGGUAUGAGCGUUUAUUUUUUUUGUGAGGGCAUCCAGUUCAAACAUAAACCCUGGGACCUCGUGUGUCUAUUUUGGGCCAGCUUUUUGUGUAAGGACACUUAAGUUAUUGUAGGAUAGAUCUGUGAGUUUAUCAGCCAAAUGUAUGGCACUGCCCUUCACAGCAGUUUGAGUUCAAGUAAAUUAGUUGGCUUCCCAUUGCUGUCAACACAUUUGUUCUGUGUAUUGGCUGGUACAUUGGCUGGCAGAGUGAGAUGACUCUAUGCUGUUGUUUUGAAGGUGACCCACAACCAGGAGAAUGUUGUGGACCUGCAGUGGCUGGAGGGGGGUGAGCUGCCCCCAGAGGACCUGGAAUCCUUCUCCAGGAACAUGGCCUUCCAUCUCAAACGCCUGGUGGACGAGAGAGACGACCAGCUGGAGGUACAUGUCUGAAACAGGGCACAUUGGUGCCUUUAUAACUCUGCUCAAGAGAGUACGUAAAAUGUUGUCUCAAUGAAAGAGAGUGGGAAUUUGUUAACGGCCUGUGUAAAGUCUGUAUGGUGCAAUGGUGUGUCUGUGCAUUUUCAUGGCAUGUUCGUCAAUUUGUGUGUGUAUGUGUGUAUGGUGUGUGCCCACCCAUACGGUUGCCAAUGACUGGUGUAGCAGCAGUCCCAGCAUCCUAUGGGCUAGGGGGGCGGGGAGAAGGAGGGGGGAUGAUAAUGAUCUCCAGAUCUCCACUGGAGGCCAGACGCUCUUCAUUAAAAGCCCAUUUCCUUGCAUGGCCACUGGGUUAUGAACGGAGGACGAGAGAGUAGGGAUGCGGGGUGAACUACAAUGACGAUGAUGGGAAUACGUUGUUGUCACAGACCAUUUUAAACCCAAUGCCUUUUGCUACUCUUAUCUCCGAACCCAGCCUAAUAUACUCAUGUUGUGUGCCGAUACUUAAGCCUUAACUGCAUUGGGCUUUUCAUUAUGUUUGGGGUUUCCAUUUAUGUGACUGAUCCCGGUGGCUAGGUGCUGCUGCUCCUCCCCUCAGAGGUCCGUCCUAAUUGGAGUCAUCUCCCUAAGCUCACACCUCCCAGACUGAGCAGACAGAACAGCAGGGGAGCCUGACGCAACAUAGGUGCUACUGUUCAAUAACAAGGUGUCACGGUAGACUAUAUAUAGACUGCAAUUCACACCGUCAUUAUCCUCAAUCUUCAAUACCCUGUCUGACAACUGCUUUGUCCCUCAUUGUGAUCAAUGAUCUAACACGGUUAAAUGCAAUUUGGUGAGAGUCUUUUUUUCACCCAUCUAAAUCUGUUAGAUUACUUGGGCUGAUAAUUUCAAGUAAGGAGGGACGGAUACAUGUGUUAAGUAUAGAAGAUGUGUGUAGGAUACAUGAUCAGGGUCCUGGUCUGUGAGUUGUCUACAGGGAUGCAAACUUGUUACUUUUUGGCAAUAUUCUUUGUUUUGAUCUUAAAAUAUUGAGAUCAUUGAGCUAUAAAAGAGGGGCGCGAAAAGAGUUUCUCCCUGUGUGAUCACUAAAUAAUGGUGUAUGUUUCUCAUAUCGAAAUUAAUGACUGAGCACAGAAUGCAUGAAUACGCUUUGUAUUCAGGACAUUUCUUAGCCACAUUUUUUGGCAAUUUUACUUUAGUGCCUUAUUGCAAACAGGAUGCAUGUUUUGGAAUAUUUGUAUUCUGUACAGGCUUCCUUCUUUUCACUCUGUUAUUAGGUUAGUAUUGUGGAGUAACUACAAUGUUGUUGAUCCAUCCUCAGUUUGCUCCUAUCACAAACCCUGUGUGGUAUCACGAUACUACUCAGUAUCGUGAAAAUUGGCCAUCGUUAGUAAAAUGUUGGUGUAGUGACAACCCCACUCUGAAAAUAGGCAGUUUACACAGAAAAUGUUUUGUCACCUUCUUGGGCCUUCACCAGUUUGCAUCCCUGGUCUAAGUGUUGUGGUGUUGUGUCCUUCCAGACCAUUGUGGAGCUGACCCUGGAGAGGGACUGUGGACAGUACUCUCCCCCGCUCCUCUUUGCCCAGUCGCCCAACGACUCGCCCAGCAUGCGCCGCACAGAGAGCCGCCAGCACCUGUCUGUGGAGCUGGCCGACGCCAAGGCCAAGAUCAGACGCCUGCGCCAGGAGCUGUAAGUACCCCAUUUGGCCUUUCACCAGCUCUGUAUAUACCCCAUUGGCCCUUCUGAGUAAGUCUGUGGUAGACUGCAAACACUGUUGGCCCUCACAUGAUCUCUUAACACACCAUUGGUUCUCACAAGUUUUAUAAGCUUCCUACAAGUAUCCUAAGAGUACUGUGUGUGCUUCGUGCUGUCUAGCAGAGUGUCUAAAUGUGACACUGCAUUCAUCUACUGCUGUCUCGUGACUGUCUAGUAAUGAAAAACAACCUAGUACGGUGUGUCAUUGGAGUUAGGAACCGUGACUCAGCUCUCUGUCUGUCUUUGAGGAGUAUCCCAUUCUUUGUUCUCCAGUUCAUGGAGCACUCUAACGCUGACCGGAGAGAACUGCAAAAGCAGGAAACUAAUUACGGAACUAAAAGUUUUAUGUCAGUGAUAUUGUUAAAGAAGAAUACAUUUCCUCUAGCCUCUCAGUAGGAAACAAAUGGUUCUACACUACUGUUCUGAUGCCAUAGUGCUAGACCUUUUUUAUUGUUGUCAUAAACAAUUGAACAUCCUCUUCAGAGUCCAUUAACCCUGGGCAGAGACAAAGGCCAGUGGUCAGUUUAUCAAAGGGAGGGGUUGUUACGAGAAGCUUUCUCCGUUUUCGGGCGGAAGUGUUUUCUAGGAUGCAAAAAAUUGAGCUGCUGACUCUGUGGAAUCUCUUCAUCAAGUCCAUCAUAACAUUGAAGUGGUUUGUCCAGUGAUAUGGUUGGGGUUCUGUAAUGCAGGCUUCUGAGUGCUGGGUCGAACCGGUUCUAAGGUACACUACAUGACCAAAAGUAUGUGGACAAAAAAAUUGUAGGCCUCCACAAGUCUGGUUCAUCCUUGGGAGCAAUUUCCAAAAAAAAUGUGUGGGCAGAACUGAAAAAGCGUGUGCGAGCAAGGAGGCCUACAAACCUGACUCAAUUACACCAGCUCUGUCAGGAGGAAUGGGCCAAAAUUCACCCAACUUAUUGUGGGAAGCUUGUGGGAGGCUACCUGAAAUGUUUGACCCAAGUUAAACAAUUUAAAGGCAAUGCUACCAAAUACUAAUUGAGUGUAUGUCAACUUCUGACCCACUGGGAAUGUGAUGAAAGAAAUAAAAGCUGAAAUAAAUCAUUCUCUCUACUAAUAAUCAUUCUCUCUACUACAUUUCACAUUCUUAAAAUAAAGUGAUGAUCCUAACUAACCUAAGACAGGGAAUUUUUACUAGGAUUAAAUGUCAGGAAUUGUGAAACUGAGUUUAAAUGUAUUUGGCUAAGGUGUAUGUGAACUUCCGACUUCAACUGUAUAUAUAUAUAUAUAUAUAUAUAUAUAUAUAUAUAUAUAUAUAUAUAUAUAUAUAUAUAUAUAUAUAUAUAUAUAUAUGUGUGUGUGUGUGUGUGUGUGUGUGUGUGUGUGUGUGUGUGUAUAUUUGUGUGUGUAUGUAUAUGUUGUUGUUCUGUCUCUCACUGUUCAAAUAAACCUACCAUUAAAAGUAUAGACUGAUCAUGUCUUUGUCAGUGGGCAAACGUACAAAAACAGCAGGGGAUCAAAUACUUUUUUCCCCUCACUGUAUAUAUACAGAUAUAUACGUGUGUGUGUGUGUAUACACAUACACACACACACAUGUAUAUAUCUGUAUAUAUACAGUGAGGGAAAUAAGUAUUUGACCCCUCUGCAAAACCCUGACUUAGUACUUGGUGGCAAAACCCUUGUUGGCAAUCACAGAGGUCAGACGUUUCUUGUAGUUGGCCACCAGGUUUGCACACAUCUCAGGAGGGAUUUUGUCCCACUCCUCUUUGCAGAUCUUCUCCAAGUCAUUAAGGUUUCGAGCCUGACGUUUGGCAACUAGAACCUUCAGCUGGCUAGGCCACUCCAGGACCUUAAUGUGCUUCAUCUUGAGCCACUCCUUUGUUGCCUUGGCCGUGUGUUUUGGGUCAUUGUCAUGCUGGAAUACCCAUCCACGACCCAUUUUCAAUGCCCUGGGUGAGGGAAGGAGGUUCUCACCCAAGAUUUGACGGUACAUGGCCCCGUCCAUCGUCCCUUUGAUGCGGUGAAGUUCCUCACCGUUCUCAUGAUUAUUGCAACUCCACGAGGUGAGAUCUUGCAUGGAGCCCCAGGCCGAGGGAGAUUGACAGUUAUUUUGUGUUUCUUCCAUUUGCGAAUAAUUGCACCAACUGUUGUCACCUUCUCACCAAGCUGCUUGGCGAUGGUCUUGUAGCCCAUUCUAGCCUUGUGUAGGUCUACAAUCUUGUCCCUGACAUCCUUGGAGAGCUCUUUGGUCUUGGUCAUGGUUGAGAGUUUGGAAUCUGAUUGAUUGAUUGCUUCUGUGGACAGGUGUCUUUUAUACAGGUAAGAAGCUGAGAUUAGGAGAUACUCCCUUUAAGAGUGUGCUCCUAAUCUCAGCUCGUUACCUGUAUAAAAGACACCUGGGAGCCAGAAAUCUUUCUGAUUGAGAGGGGGUCAAAUAUUUAUUUCCCUCAUUAAAAUGCAAAUCAAUUUAUAACAUUUUUUACAUUUGUUUUUCUGGAUUUUUUUGUUGUUAUUCUGUCUCUCACUGUUCAAAUAAAACGACCAUUUAAAAUUAUAGACUGAUCAUUUCUUUGUCAGUGGGCAAACGUACAAAAUCAGCAGGGGAUCAAAUACUUUUUUCCCUCACUGUAUGUAUGUAUGUAUGUGUGUGUGUGUGUGUGUGUGUGUGUGUGUGUGUGUGUGUGUAAAUGUACAGUGGGGAAAAAAAGUAUUUAGUCAGCCACCAAUUGUGCAAGUUCUCCCACUUAAAAAGAUGAGAGAGGCCUGUAAUUUUCAUCAUAGGUACACGUCAACUAUGACAGACAAAUUGAGAAUUUUAUUUCCAGAAAAUCACAUUGUAGGAUUUUUAAUGAAUUUAUUUGCAAAUUAUGGUGGAAAAUAAGUAUUUGGUCACCUACAAACAAGCAAGAUUUCUGGCUCUCACAGACCUGUAACUUCUUAUUUAAGAGGCUCCUCUGUCCUCCACUCGUUACCUGUAUUAAUGGCACCUGUUUGAACUUGUUAUCAGUAUAAAAGACACCUGUCCACAACGUCAAACAGUCACACUCCAAACUCCACUAUGGCCAAGACCAAAGAGCUGUCAAAGGACACCAGAAACAAAAUUGUAGACCUGCACCAGGCUGGGAAGACUGAAUCUGCAAUACACAAGUUUACGCGCUGUAUCCCGGGUGGCGCCAUAACUCUACACAAAUGCAUUUCAUUUCCGCCGGAAGUUGUUUGCACAACGUCUGCCGGUGUAAACACAGCGAUGUCGACGCUAGCUUGGGAACACGGUUGCAGAAUUUUUGGCAACAAAGAACUGCGAAAUCACAACUGUGGCAAACGGAGAUAGGGUAGAUUAUCAUAUUGCCUGCAAUGGUCCAAAAGGCUACUACAUGCAGGUACAAAUUGGGAUGCACUGCACAGGGCUUCAGCACUCCAAGUUGGUGAUCUGGAACAAAACUGAGCACCUAGAAAUCGAAGUACCCUACGACCAAGGCUUUGUCCAGGGGCAUAUCAUAAGGCUGCGCACAUUCUACUUUGCCCACAUGCUCCCGAAAAUUGUUGAUGAUUUUGUUGAGGGAAGGUUACAGUUCUGCAGUAAAUAUCUCAGCAUUUUAAAACCUAAAUAAACUGCCUUAUUUAGGUCAUGCCCACAGGAGCCAACAGAUGUCCAUUGUUUACAUGAUCUCUUUAUGCUGUGCAAUAUAUCAGUGUGCCUACUGUUUGAGUGAAAAUAAAGUUUGAUGUAAUUUCAAUCCUUAGAGUGCUACAAUUUAUUUUAACACAGUUCAUAAUUCAUAGUAAGCUCAUACUGUACAUAAAUAACACUGGAUUAAUUAAUUGUUUUGAGGAAACUAAACAAAUGGCUUCAACAAGAAAGAUUGCGUGUUUAAUCUUAACAGGUAUUAAAAAGUAAAAUACAAAAGCAGCCCACACAAUUACAUCACUAUGAAAAUAUUCAUAUAUAAUAUUAAAAAAUACAAUGCACGCAGUAUUUGUUGUGUUUAUCUGUAUUUAAUGAACAACAUGGCUGGGUGUUGGUAGACAGGGACACAGGGCAAGAUUCUAAACCUCACUGAUCAGUGGACUCUUCAGGUUAACUAGGCCAGCACAGAUGGUUAAGAUGUUGUCCAGUUUCGGUGCCAUGCUGAUGGGAACAUUCUGGGAUAAAAUCUUAAACACCUUCAGUCUCUGGAUUGCUCUUUCCACAUGUAUGCGGACAUUGGCUACUCGCCUGGUGCGUGUCGUCUCCUCAUUGGUCAACUGAUUGCGCCUGUAGGUGAAAGCAGGGAUGUUCAAACUGACCCUUCUCUCAUCAAGCAAGUCUCGAAUGGUGAACCCACGGUCCGCCAUGACCUCAUCACCAGCCCUCAGAUAGUCUAGGAACCCACUGUCCAUGGUGAUAAACUUAUCGCUGCUUCUGCCAGCAUAGGCAUCAGAUAUAAACAUGAUUAGCCCAUUAGGGGCCACAGCGACGAGAUAUUUCACAGUGUUGCGUGAUUUAUACUGGCUGAAAGUGUCACUCCUUGAGUCGUGGUUUGUGGCUCUCUGCAUGGCACUUUCGGCACAGUCAAUGAUGCAGGUGGUUCGAGGGUAGUUCCUCUGAAACGACAAGGGCAUGGUGGCACGAAUGGUCUCUCUUGGAAGCCAGGGGAUCAGGACUUUGAACUGUUCACCCAUCACGUCAAUCCAGUGACUAAUCACAAUGCUUGCCAUGGAUGUAGACACAUUGAAGCGGUGAGCAAUAUCUCCUAAUAUUAGGUUUAGUUUUAGUUUCAUCAACGUCAUAAGUAUUUGGUCAACAACAGGAAGGGUAAUUGAUGGCUUACUGAAAGGCAACAACACCGUCACCAGGGUGAAGAAUUGAACCAUAAGCACUCCUGUAUACAGCCGGGACCUAGCAUCAUCAAUGACCGUGGUGCUGGUCACAGUAGGACCCAUUUCUGCCUCGCACUGUGUGGCCUUGUCUACUUUAACAGACUGUGUUGUUGAACAGUAAAUGUGAUCAAUAUGUGACGGAUCCUCCCAUUGGGUCUGGGCAUCUCGAAAUUUUGGUGUAGCAGGCUCGGCCUCACAGACAGGCUGACAGGUUUCUGGAGCAUCUAAAAAGUGGAAGAGAAAACAUGGAUGGAGCAAAAUUAAUGCAGGCAUAGAGUCCUCUCACUACAAACAUCACAAUGGAAAAAUGUGUACUACAACAUUGCACUCACACGCACACACACAAUCAUCAUCACAACAGCCUGCCACCUUGCAUUGUAUUUAUGAUGUAGACUAAGGCACACGCAGGCAGGCACACACACACACACACACACACACACACACACAAUUAAUGAUGUAGCUAUCGUGGGCAUUGUUUGUCCCAUCUCCAAAACAAUCAACUGCCUUAGCAAAAUACCGGUAGCAAUGUUAAUGUAUGACAACUUCUUCAUAAUUAACAGUAUUGUCAGCUUCAUAGCUAAAGUUGCUGAACUUACCCUCAGAUUCAAGUCUGCGUUUCUUUAUCUGGGGGGAGGCAGUGGUCCGCUGGGUGAGUUGACGCCUCUUUGGCUGGGGAGGGCGAUUGUAUCCCAACCACAACUCUGGGAAAGGAUUAUCCUUGGUAGGUUUUUGGUCAACAAAGUGAUAGGAACAAACAAAAACGUUGAGGGGUGGUUUCUUUAGAUUCAAUGCCUUCAGCCAGGUCCUUGAUUCCGAGUCGGUAUCAGGCUUGCGAAAAAAUGUAAACAAUGGAGCGCAUGGACAUUGCCUCUUCGUAGCUGGUUUGUGGUCGUAGCACUCUCUAUCUAACCACUCGUUCAGGUGCUUUCUCGAGUUUUUGCAACCAACUACCGCACACGUCGUUCCCGAACCAUUUUUCUUCAUGUUGUAAUUGUAAUUUUUAUAUCCUCUUUGUCACUGCGAUAUCAGUGCUUUGUCGGCACAACGGAGCUAGCUAGCAAAACAAACCCAGCCCGGCAGAACGGAAGUGGAUUGCAUCGACGGGAGGAGUUCAGGAAGUAGAGCGGAAACGGCUCAAAAACUUGUGUAUAGGUAAGCAGCUUGGUUUGAAGAAAUCAACUGUGGGAGCAAUUAUUAGGAAAUGGAAGACAUACAAGACCACUGAUAAUCUCCCUCGAUCUGGGGCUCCACGCAAGAUCUCACCCCGUGGGGUCAAAAUGAUCACAAGAACGGUGAGCAAAAAUCCCAGAACCACAUGGGGGGACCUAGUGAAUGACCUGCAGAGAGCUGGGACCAAAGUAACAAAGCCUACCAUCAGUAACACACUACGCCGCCAGGGACUCAAAUCCUGCAGUGCCAGACGUGUCCCCCUGCUUAAGCCAGUACAUGUCCAGGCCCGUCUGAAGUUUGCUAGAGUGCAUUUGGAUGAUCCAGAAGAGGAUUGGGAGAAUGUCAUAUGGUCAGAUGAAACCAAAAUAGAAGUUUUUGGUAAAAACUCAACUCGUCGUGUUUGGAGGACAAAGAAUGCUGAGUUGCAUCCAAAGAACACCAUACCUACUGUGAAGCAUGGGGGUGGAAACAUCAUGCUUUGGGGCUGUUUUUCUGCAAAGGGACCAGGACGACUGAUCCGUGUAAAGGAAAGAAUGAAUGGGGCCAUGUAUCGUGAGAUUUUGAGUGAAAACCUCCUUCCAUCAGCAAGGGCAUUGAAGAUGAAACGUGGCUGGGUCUUUCAGCAUGACAAUGAUCCCAAACACACCGCCCGGGCAACGAAGGAGUGGCUUCGUAAGAAGCAUUUCAAGGUCCUGGAGUGGCCUAGCCAGUCUCCAGAUCUCAACCCCAUAGAAAAUCUUUGGAGGGAUUUGAAAUCCGUGUUGGCCAGCGACAGCCCCAAAACAUCACUGCUCUAGAGGAGAUCUGCAUGGAGGAAUGGGCCAAAAUACCAGCAACAGUGUGUGAAAACCUUGUGAAGACUUACAGAAAACGUUUGACCUGUGUCAUUGCCAACAAAGGGUAUAUAACAAAGUAUUGAGAAACUUUUGUUAUUGACCAAACACUUAUUUUCCACCAUCAUUUGCUAAUAAAUUCAUUAAAAAUCCUACAAUGUGAUUUUCUGGAAAAAAAAUUCUCAUUUUGUCUGUCAUAGUUGACGUGUACCUAUGAUGAAAAUUACAGGCCUCUCUCAUCUUUUUAAGUGGGAGAACUUGCACAAUUGGUGGCUGACUAAAUAGUUUUUUUCCCCACUGUAUAUGUGUGUGUAUAUAUGUAUAUAUAAUUCCAAAAUAUAGACUGUUUUUCUGUAGGAGUACAUAUACUUUAGUCUCGUGUGGAGAUGGUAUUUCCAUAGAAACCACAGACACCUCCAGUCACCCAGGCCUGAUGCUGAUGUCUGAGGAUUUGGCCCAGAUCAGAUGAUGCCGUGCCGAGGCAUGAUCGAUAUUCUUUAUGAGUUUUUGACCUACUUACGCAGUUCCUCAGAUCACAAAACCUAUUGAAUUCCACUUUCUUUGCUCCGAUUUCUGCCCGUUGUUGACUCUGGCUCACCAACACUAGAGGGAAGGGGAGCUGACCAUUCUCUGCCAAAGGCAUGCUGUAAAACACAAUCAAUAGAGAUUCAGUUCUACUGUCUUUAAUGGUUGCCAGGGAAGGUCCUUUUGAGGGCCCAGUAAAGUGACCAUACCUCCAGCAGAAUGUCUUAAGAAAAUAUGGCUUAAUGUUCAUGUUAUUUUUGACCUUAAGUACGAAACCUGGUGUUAAGAGGAAUGCAGGAAUAGAUUGUGUAGAAAUAGAUGAUGAUGUAGCCCCUAAAGGCCCAAUCUCCAUCUCAAUCCUGUCAGGUUCUGUGGAACUACAGUAUGGUGCAUUUUCUAUUGUGAAUGUUAGACUGUAAAAUGCAGGUAGACCAUGGUACCAUGGUUGUUAGUGUGACUCAGAGCUGCUGCAGGCUCAAUGCUGUCACCCACACAGACUCACAGUGGAUGAGCAGCUUUUUGUUCGGCCUAGGCUGUCAACUACUCUUUGUUAGGGCCUUAACGAAACGUGGAAUACAGUGAAAGGUGUUGAAAAGUUGUUUUGCUGCUGAGGCUGAAUGUCUGUUGACAGGAUCUAUGGUGGGAUGAGAUGAAAGGGCUCCAAACAGAAGAGGUACACACUUGGUGUGUGUGUGUGUGUGUGUGUGUGUGUGUGUGUGUGUGUGUGUGUGUGUGUGUGUGUGUGUGUGUGUGUGUGUGUGUGUGUGCUCACCAAAAGCAGCUGUAGCAACAGCAGCAGAACGUGAGUUUUAUUCCAGGCACGAAGCUAGCUGCUCCAGCCUCUGAUUUCAACAUGCACAUCACAGGAAGCAUGGAACAGAACAGUGAUAAUAAUUCCUACAAGCAGCAAAGCCAGUACAGAUCACUAAUCUAGCAGGCCAUCGUAAAGUAUGUUCAGUGGACCAAGGAGACUGGAAAGCAUCUCCACUCAUCUGAAGAAUGCACAGUCCUCUUCAAAGCUUUGUGUGACGCUUUCUUAAUUCCUCACCGACCGGGAGCCUGCAGGACUGGCCUCCCUCAGCCCUAGUUCUCCCGAGAGGCUGUAUCACAACCGGCCGUGAUCGGGAGUCCCAUAGGGUGGCGCACAAUUGGCCCAGCGUCGUCCGGGUUAGGGGAGGGUUUGGCCGGGUGGGAUUUAGAAGUAGGCAGUCAUUGUAAAUAAGAAUUUGUUCUUAACUGACUUGCCUAGUUAAAAAUGCAUUUGGGUUGCAUUGCAUUGUCUGUGGUGUUACAAUCGCGCAAACCCAUUAACAGUAGAAUAUGAUGUUGUCAGAUGAGAUCUUUUUGUUGCUAAUUCUGGGUUGAGGGGGUUUGAAGUCAGUCUAGUUAGAGACAGAGCGAGGAAAGGAAUCUGUUGGCCUGUUGCUCACUUAACCAGAUGUUAUCUGGAUUUGCUCUAUUAUAAAGAGCUGGUGGAACCAAAGCAAGGCAGCUCUACAGUUAGAGAUUUGCAUGCCAUAGUGGGAGAUUGUCAUGAGGUCAUUUGUAGGUUGUCUUUGUGGUCCUACUUUGUAUAUUUUCAGUUGAGCUAUGUUUGUUGUCCUAAGGAAAGAGCUGCUCUGUCACAGUUGAAGUUAUAUAAUAACACAAGAAAGGUGUUGUUUUUUUCACUCAAGAUCAAUGACUUGCUUGAUUCUUUUUUCAAGUACAAAUUAGGUUGUUUUCAUAUGAUCAAAAAGACAGAAGACAUACUCACACACUCACUUCUGCUGUUAUCUCAAUUGUUCAUAACACAUAUAAAUGAAUUAUCCUCACCUGCAGAGUCUGAAUGUUAAAUAUAAUUCACUAUCUACUGUUUAUAAUUUGGUAAAUAAUCACAUCCCCGGCCCCUGCCCAACCCACACACGCACUAGUAAACAAACUGACCUGACCCGGUAAGGACAGAGGUCCAUGGAUUCCUAUCUGCUGGGUAAACAACUUGGUUUAUGCUAACCAAUGAGAGUUACAUUGCCUAAGUAAAAAUUCCAGUUUUUCAAGACUACUUUAGAGAAAACAGAAAUAAAUAUAGCUGUGAGCAGCAAUAAACUGGGUUCACAGGAUGACAGAAAGGACACAAGUUCAGUUGUAUAACAAAGCACUUUAUCAUGUAGGAACUAUCUUCCUUUAUGUGCAAUCAGUGAAGGCAUUACCAUGUUUAUCUCUCAAAUUGUUGAGGUUUACUUUACUGAAAUCAAAGGCGUAUUUGUGAUAGUGUUAGAGUACAAUCGUAAUGCAUAUAGGUCUAUCUUAUAAAGACAAUACAAAAAAAGCUCCGCGAAGAUUGCUUUACUUUGAGGUUUACGUUAUUGAAAUCAAAAGCAUAUUUAUGAUAGUGUUGGAGCACAAUCCAUUGUACAACAAACUUAUUCACCCACUAUCUAUAGCAAUUGAUUUAUUCAAGACAUUCACAGCGAUUUAGAAUAAAUUGUUGGUCUUUGUUCAUCAUUUACACAAACUAGCAAUAAACUAAUAUAUACAGAAAGUAUUCACACCCCUUGACUUUUUCCACAUUUUGUUGUUAGUCUGAAUUUAAAAUUGAUUAAAUUGAGAUUUUGUGUCAUUGGACUACACACAAUACCCAAUAAUGUCAAAGUGAAAUUAUGUUUUUAUUAUUUUUUACAAAUUAAUACAAAAUGAAAAGCUGAAAUGUCUUGUCAAUAACUAUUCAUCCCCUUUGUUAUGGCAAGCCUAAAUCAUUUCAGGAGUAAAACGUUUCUUAACCUCUAAAGGAUCGGACCCUUUUUUUCAAUUUUCGCCUAAAAUGACAUACCCAAAUCUAACUGCCUGUAGCUCAGGACCUGAAGCAAGGAUAUGCAUAUUCUUGAUACCAUUUGAAAGGAAACACUUUGAAGAUUGUGGAAAUGUGAAAUUAAUGUAGGAGAAUAUAACACAUUAGAUCUGUUAAAGGAUAAUACAAACAAAAAACAUGCGUUUUGUUUCGUUUUUUAAAAUUUUUUAUCAUCUUUGAAAUGCAAGAGAAAGGCCACAAUAUAAUAUUGCAGUUUAGGCGCAAUUUUGAUUUUGGCCACUAGAUGGAAGCAGUGUGUGCAACGUUUCAGAUUGAUCCAGUGAAGCAUUGCAAUGCUGGACUAUUUUUUAUAAAGUCUGCCCAAAUGUGCCGAAUUGGUCAAUUGAUACAUUUUCAAGUACGUAUCUAUAGAGAACAUACAAAAAUGAUAUGGUAAUACAACAUUUUAGUUUACACACUCCCAGGAAUGUCAUACAUGAUGGUUCAUUAGCUUAUACACUAACUUUCACACAUCUAGAUGGCCCAGAGGGGUGGGUGUGGAGCCAGAGACAGCAAAGGUUCAAACUGUAGAACCCAGUUCCUACAUUUGAAUAUAAAAAUUGAUUUUAUCAAACAAAACUAUGCUACAUUUUAUCUCUGGGACCCUCAGGAUGACAAAUCAGAGCAAGAUUACUGAAUGUAAGUACAUUAUUACUAACUGUAAGUCGCUCUGGAUAAGAGUGUCUGCUAAAUGACCCAAAAAAAAUUAGAAUGUACAGUGAGGGGAAAAAAGUAUUUGAUCCCCUGCUGAUUUUGUACGUUUGCCCACUGACAAAGAAAUGACCAGUCUAUAAUUUUAAUGGUAGGUUUAUUUGAACAGUGAGAGACAAAAUAAUAACAAAAAAAUCCAGAGAAACGCAUGUCAAAAAUGUUAUAAAUUGAUUUGCAUUUUAAUGAGGGAAAUAAGUAUUUGACCCCCUCUCAAUCAGAAAGAUUUCUGGCUCCCAGGUGUCUUUUAUACAGGUAACGAGCUGAGAUUAGGAGCACACUCUUAAAGGGAGUGCUCCUAAUCUCAGCUUCUUACCUGUAUAAAAGACACCUGUCCACAGAAGCAAUCAAUCAAUCAGAUUCCAAACUCUCAACCAUGACCAAGACCAAAGAGCUCUCCAAGGAUGUCAGGGACAAGAUUGUAGACCUACACAAGGCUAGAAUGGGCUACAAGACCAUCGCCAAGCAGCUUGGUGAAAAGGUGACAACAGUUGGUGCAAUUAUUCGCAAAUGGAAGAAACACAAAAUAACUGUCAAUCUCCCUCGGCCUGGGGCUCCAUGCAAGAUCUCACCUCGUGGAGUUGCAAUAAUCAUGAGAACGGUGAGGAACUUCACCGCAUCAAAGGGACGAUGGACGGGGCCAUGUACCGUCAAAUCUUGGGUGAGAACCUCCUUCCCUCACCCAGGGCAUUGAAAAUGGGUCGUGGAUGGGUAUUCCAGCAUGACAAUGACCCAAAACACACGGCCAAGGCAACAAAGGAGUGGCUCAAGAUGAAGCACAUUAAGGUCCUGGAGUGGCCUAGCCAGUCUCCAGACCUUAAUCCCAUAGAAAAUCUGUGGAGGGAGCUGAAGGUUCGAGUUGCCAAACGUCAGCCUCGAAACCUUAAUGACUUGGAGAAGAUCUGCGAAGAGGAGUGGGACAAAAUCCCUCCUGAGAUGUGUGCAAACCUGGUGGCCAACUACAAAAAACGUCUGACCUCUGUGAUUGCCAACAAGGGUUUUGCCACCAAGUACUAAGUCAUGUUUUGCAGAGGGGUCAAAUACUUAUUUCCCUCAUUAAAAUGCAAAUCAAUUUAUAACAUUUUUGACAUGCGUUUUGCUGGAUUUUGUUGUUGUUAUUCUGUCUCUCACUGUUCAAAUAAAACGACCAUUAAAAUUAUAGACUGAUCAUUUCUUUUUCAGUGGGCAAACGUACAAAAUCAGCAGGGGAUCAAAUACCUUUUUCCCUCACUGUAUUUACCUUCAGAGGUGAAUGUAUCAAACCAGUUGCCGUGAUACGUUUUUUGUUGUUGUGCACUCUCCUCAAACAAUAGUAUGGUAUUUUUUCACUGUAAUAGCUACUGUAAAUUGGAUAGUGCAGUUAGAUUAACAAGAAUUUAAGCUUUCUGCCCAUAUAAGACAUGUCUAUGUCCUGGAAAGUUUGCUGUUACUUACAACAGUCAUGCUAAUCUCAUUAGCGCACGUUAGCUCAACCGUCCCGUAUGAUCCCGUAGAGGUUAACAAGUCACAUAAAUUGCAUGGGCUCUGUGUGCAAUAAUAGUGUUUAACAUGAUUUUUAAAUGACUACCUCUGUACCCCACAUACAGUGCAUUCGGAAAGUAUUCAGACACCUUUUUCCACAUUUUGUUACGUUACAGCCUUAUUCUAAAAUUGAUGUUUUUUUGGGUUUUUUUUAUCCUCCUCAAUCUACACACAAUACCCCAUAAUGACAAAGCAAAGACAGGUUUGUAGAAAUUUUUGCAAAUGUAUUAAAAAUCAAAAACAGACCCUAUUUACCUAAGUAUUCAGAGCCUUUGCUAUGAGACUAGAAAUUGAGCUCAGGUGCAUCCUGUUUCCAUUGAUCAUCCUUGAUGUUGCUACAACUUGAUUGGAGUCCACCUGUUGUGAAUUCAAUUGAUUAGACAUGAUUUGGAAAGGCACACACCCAUCUAUAUAAGGUCCCACAGUUGACAGUGCAUGUUAGAGCAAAAACCAAGCGUGUCUGUAGAGCUCAGAGACAGGACUGUGUCGAGGCACAGAUCUGGGGAAGGGUACCAAAACAUUUCUGCAGGAUUGAAGGUCCCCAAGAACACCGUGGCCUCCAUCAUUCUUAAAUGGAAGAAGUUUGGAACCACCAAUACUCUUCCUAGAGCUGGCCGCUGGCCAAACUGAGCAAUCGGGGAGAAGGGCCUUUGUCAGGGAGAUGACCAAGAACCCGAUGAUCACUCUGACAGAGCUCCAGAGUUCCUCUGUGGAGAUGGUUGUCCUUCUGGACGGUUCUCCCAUCUCUGCAGCACUUCACCAAUCAGGCCUUCAUGGUAGAGUGGCCAGACGAAAGGCACUCCUCAGUAAAAGGCACAUGACAGCCCGCUUGGAGUUUGCCAAAAGGCAUCUAAAGGACUCUCAGACCAUGAGAAACAAGAUUCUCUGGUCUGAUGAAACCAAGAUUGAACUCUUUGGCCUGAAUGCCAAGCGUCAUGUCUGGAGGAAACCUGGCACCAUCCUUACGGUGAAGCAUGGUGGUGGCAGCAUCAUGCUGUGGGGAUGUUUUUCAGCGGCAGAGACUGGGAGACUAGUCAGGAACCCGAUCGAACAUCUCUGGAGAGACCUGAAAAUAGCUGUGCAUCGACACUCCCCAUCCAACCCAUCCAACAGAGCUUGAGAUGAUCUGCAGAGAGGAAUGGGAGAAACUCCCCAAAUACAGGUGUGCCAAGCUUCUAGCGUCAUACCCAAGAAGACUUGAGGCUGUAAUCGCUGCCAAAGGUGUUUCAAUAAAGUACUGAGUGAAGGGUCUGAAUAUUUAUGUAAAUUUAAUAUUUCUGUGUUUUUAAUACAUUUGCAACAUUUUCAAAAAAACGGUUUUUGCUUCAUCAUUAUGGGGUACUGUGUGUAUCUUGAUGAGGGGAAAAAACUAUUUAAUCCAUUUUAGAAUAAGGCAUUAACGUAACAAAGUGGAAAAAGUCAAGGUGUCUGAAUAUUUUCCGAAUGCAUUGUAUGCAAUUAUCUGUAAGGUCCCUUAGUCAAGCAGUGAAUUUCGAACACAGAUUCAACCACAAAGACCUGGGAGGUUUUCCAAUGGCUCGCAAAGAAGGGAACCUAUUGGUAGGUGGGUAAAACAUGUUUUUUUAAAGCAGACAUUGAAUGUCCCCUUGAGCAUGAUGAAUUUAUUAAUCACACUUUGGAUGGUGUAUCAAUACACCCAGUCACUACAAAGAUACAGGCGUCCUAUCUAACUCAGUUGCCGGAGAGGAAGGAAACCGCUCAGGGGUUUCACAAUGAGGCCAAUGGUGACUUAAAAACAGUUACAGAAUUUAAUGGCUGUGAUAGGAAAAACUGAGGAUGGAUCAGCAACGUUGUAGUUACUCCACAAUACUAACCUAAUUGACAGAGUGAAAAGAAGGAAGCCUGUACAGAAUACAAAUAUUCCAAAACAUGCAUCCUGUUUGCAAUAAGGCACUAAAGUAAAACUGCAAAAAAUGUGGCAAAGAAAUUCAUGUCCUGAAUACAAAGCGUUAUGUUUUGGGGCAAAUCCAACACACAUCACUGAGUACCACUCUUCAUAUUUUCAAGCUUGUCAUCGGCAAGGACUAGGUUUUUUUUUUUGAUAAAAAGAAAUGGAAUAAGCUAAGUACAGGCAAAGUCCUAGAGGAAAACCUGGUUCAGUCUGCUUUCCAACAGACACUGGGAGACAAAUUCACCUUUGAGCAGGACAAUAACCUAAAACACAAGGCCAAGGAUACACUGGAGUUGGAUGUUGCUGAGUGGCCUAGUUACAGAUUUGACUUAAAUCGGCUUGAAAAUCUAUGGCAAAACUUGAAAAUGGCUGUCUAGCAAUGAUCAACAAUCAACUUGAAAGAGCUUGAAUAAUUUUUUUAAGAAUGUGCAAAUAUUGUACAAUCCCAGGUGUGCAAAGCUCUUAGAGACUUACCCAGAAAGACUCACAGCUGUAAUCGCUGCCAAAGGUGAUUCUAACCUGUAUCGACUCAGGGGUGUGAAUACUUAUAUAUUUCAGUAUUUUUUUUUUUGUUUUGUUUUAUUCAGGCUGUAACGCAACAAAAUGUGGAAUAAGUCAAGGGGUAUGAAUACUUUCUGAAGGCACUGCAUGUACAUUAAUGUAAUAGAAUGAACAGUACCUGUCAAAUAAAUACAAAUCAAACGAGUCCAAACCACUUCCAUCAAUGGAAAUAGAUUUUCAGCUCCUAUUUAUUUCUGUGUGUCUGUAGAAUCACUCUCCCUUCUCCAUCAUCCAUCUCUGCUUUACAGUCUUAUAAAAGGCAGACUGUUGAAGCUCCCUCCAAUGCCAUGUACACUUUGGCUAGGCAGUAGAUAUUUUCCUGCCACUCCAGGAAAGCCGGUAUGUGUGUGAGGGCCUUUCCGUGGCUGGUGGCAGAACCUGUACAGACGGCCGGAGGGAUGCUGCUCUGAGGAUUUUCUUUCCUCUGAUUGCUCCUUCCUCACUGCCUCUGUUUCAAGACCUUCAACUUCCAUUGAAAGAAUGCAGAUCGGAUCGGUCUCACCAGGGAGGAGAGCCAGAAAGUCAUGCAUGUCCGUCCUCUGCUGAAAUAGACAACCAAUUACCUUCAGUGAUAAUAAUCACACAGCUAAACUACGUGAGUGACUGAGAGGCGGAGAGGUAACUGUGAUCAUGUCGCUAUGAUGUUUCUUUUUUUUGUUGCAUUCAGUCACGAGGCACAUUGAGCUUUUUUAGGUUGUCUUUUUGUAAAACUUUUAACUUGCUUUAUCGGGCAACCACGGAGCAGACUUAAUUUUUCCGACUGCUCACCUUCUAGCAGUCUGACGGACUAAUCUGGGUUUGGUGGAUGCCAGGAGAACGCUACAUGCCCCAAUGCAUAGUGAGAACUGUACAUUUUGGUGGAGGAGGAAUAAUGUUCUGGGGCUGUUUUUCAUGGUUCGGGCUAGGCCCCUUAGUUCCAGUGAAGGGAAAACUUAACGCUACAGCGUACAAUGGCGUUCUAGACGAUUCUGUGCUUCCAACUUUGUGGCAACAGUUUGGGGAAGGGCCUUUCCUGUUUCAGUCGGACAAUGCCCCCGUGCACAAAGCGAGGUCCGUACAGAAAUGGUUAGUUUGUCGAGAUCGGUGUGGAAGAACUUGACUGGCCUGCACAGAGCCCUGACCUCAACCCCAUCGAACACCUUUGGGAUGAAUUGGAACACCAACAUCAUUAAUGCUCUUGUGGCUGAAUGUAGCAAUGUUUCAACAUCUAGUGGAACGCCUUCCCAGAAGAGUGGAAGCUGUUAUAGCAGUAAAUGGGGGAACCAACUCCAUAUUAAUGCCCAUGAUUUUGGAAUGAGAUGUUCGAUGAGCAGAUACUUUUGGCCAUGUAGUGUAUAAUUCUUGUGCAAUAUUAUUUAAUUAUUUCAUAUAUUUUACAUGUGGUAAUGCCACACAGAGGGACCGACACCUGUAAUAAUCUGUAGUACCCAAAAGUGCCACUAAAUGUCUUGUGAUAGAUUACAUAAAACCCUUGAAAGAUACCAGAAUUCUGGUAGUUUACUGGUAAACGUCAAAAGUUUCCAGUAAUAUACCCUCCGUUUGCAACCCUAACCAUGAGCCUACAUAACUAAUUUGUUGUGAUUUGGACUUUAUGGUUCAUGUGAAGGUUUUCCAAAAUGGAGGAAAAUCUAUCCUGACAGACCUUAUGGGUCCUUGAGGCAGAUUUGUUCAGAAUGAGGAAAGACACCUACAUACCAAGUUUAAAGUCUAAGUCAAGCGGACGGCGGAUAUGAGGGUUUAAGUGAGACUGCUUAUAACAGCGCCACCUAUAGGCCAAUCAGUGCCUUUUUGACCAAGUUACUCAUGGCCAAAUUAGAAAUAUGUCAAGAAAAAAAUUAUCAUAAGAAUAACAAUAGAUUUCACAGCUUUGGUCUUUGUUUGUGAUGAAGGAUGUUUUACAGAUAUGUCUCUUUCUCUCCCUCUCUCUUUUCCUUCUCUCUCUCUCUCUCAGGGAGGAGAAGAGUGAGCAGCUGCUGGACUGUAGACAGGAGCUGGACAAUAUGGAGACUGAGAACAAGAGGAUUCAGCAAGAGGUACUGGACAAAACAAACCUAGCUACUACAGCACAGAGAAAUAUAGAACAGAUUUCCAACUCAGCAUUAGAAAGAAGAAACUAGUACAACAUAUAGCCCGACAUAACACAUUACCGUUCAACCCCAGAGCAGACUGAGACCUCACUAGUGUGGCACAGAAUAGGUCAACACAGCUGAGUAAUCACCGGGAGUCAAUUACAGCUGAUGUCAGAGUUCCCAGUCCACGUCACAUUACACGACUUAGCACCAGCAUGACUCCACUUAAUACACUAAUACACACAGUCUGCCUUGGACCAACAUGUCUCUUCUGAUCUCCAGCUACACACUUUUACACAGAAACUAUGCACUGACCAUGCUGCUGAGCUAUGCUAGGCAUCAGUCCAGCUUUACAAGCCUGCCACACAAAGCUGGCCCACCGACUACUAGACAAAAGCUCCACCUAUAAGACAUCAUGUCACCAGUGGUGCCCUGACUGCUCUCAGGGUUAUACAACACAUCAAACCAUCUCCACCACCUCCUAUUGUAAAUGCUUAAUCAUUAGGUUAAUGCCCUUAACCAAUUAGUGGCUGAGCUAUCUAUAGUUUGGCUAACUCCUUAGAUGUAGGCAAAGAUGUUCUUUUAUUUAUAGUCUUUGCUGUAAACAUGAUUCGCAGCGCUAGAAAGUAGGGACCACAGCAACAGCAUGGCAGAGGUGCUUGUUAUUGUGUGUGUUGGGUCAUUUCAAAUCCCCCUUCCAGAGAAGAUUACUGGCUAAUGACCCUAUUGACUAAGGGGAGCUUUAGCCUUUCCCUGUGUAUGACUGCCAUGUGUGUGUACGUGCAUGCGUCUACCUACUCAGUCUAUGGUGUCUACCACCUGAGUGUGUGAAUGUGUUUGUUUACCAAUAUGAAUUAUGCCUGUGUGCAAUGCAUGUACACGGAGUGUACAAAACAUUAGGAGUACCUGCUCUUUCCAUGACAUAGACUGACUAGGUGAAAGCUAUGAUAUUUUAUUUAUGUCACCUGUUAAAUCCACUUCAAUCAGUGUAGAUGAAGGGGAGGAGACAGGUUGAAGAAGGAUUUUUAAGCCUUGAGACAUGGAUUGUGUAUGUGUGCCAUUCAGAGGGUGAAUGGGCAAGACAAAAUAUUUAAGUGCCUUUGAACGAGGUAUGAUAGUAGGUGCCAGGCGCAUUGGUUUGUGUAAAGAACUGCAACGCUGCUGGGUUUUUCACGCUCAACGGUUUCCCGUGUGUAUCAAGAAUGGUUCACCACCCAAAGGAUAUCCAGCCAACUUAGGAAGCAUUGGUGUCAACAUGGGCCAGCAUCUUUGUGGAAUGCUUUCAACACCUUGUAGAGUCCGUGCCCCGACGAAUUGAGGCUGUUCUGAGGGCAACAUGGGUUGCAACUCAAUAUUAGAAAGGUGUUCUUUCGUUUUGUACACUCAGUGUAUAUAGUGGGAAUGAGUCUGUGUGAAAACAAAUAUAUUGUAUGUGUGUGACACUGACAUUAAAUGUUUUGUUUGUUCCCUCCAGAGCCUGCAGUUGUUGUCAGACGCGCGUUCUGCCAGGGCCUAUCGUGACGAGCUGGACGUUCUCAGAGAGAAGGCCAUCAGAGUGGACAAGCUGGAAAGUGAAGUGGGACGCUACAAGGAGAGGCUCCAUGACAUUGAGUUCUAUAAAGCUAGAGUAGAGGUACACCCAACAAACAAAUAGCAGUUCAGCACCCAACAAGCUUGACCUGUCAAUUAAGCAUCCAUUGGGUGUAACAUAAAUGUAUUGACAAUGUUUGUUGAAUGUUGUGAGCCCUGUGUAUUAGAAGUGAUAGGGCUGUGGCUGAUGUUGAUCUGUGCUGGGCCCUACAGGAGCUAAAGGAGGACAACCAGGUUCUGCUGGAGACCAAGGCCAUGCUAGAGGACCAGCUAGAAGGAACCAGGGCUCGGUCUGACAAACUCCAUGAGCUGGAGAAAGAGAGCCUGCAGCUCAAAUCCAAGAUCCACGACAUGGAAAUGGUGAGGGAGAGAUUGAGAAUGAAAGUCUGUGUUUUGUGUGUGUGGGAUUAAAGGUUAACAGACAUGCUGGUAUAUUUGUAUAUUUUCUCUUUAUGGAAACAUUUUGUAGGUUCUCUCUGAAUAAAAUCCCAUAUACUGUGCUGAAUAGGUUCUCACUGUAAAAUACAAUUUAUGCUUGAUCCAGUUAUAUGCGAUCCAGAGGCUUGCGGAGGCCAAAUCAAGCUACGUACUGCAUUAUCGUGCGCUUCCCAAAUGUUGUACAAUACGGAGGGCUCCAUAUAGCUCUGCAUUGACAUGAUUGGUUGACGAUAUGUGGAGGCGGUACGUCAUGUAUAAACACAAACUCCCUUCCUUGAAAACUUCCUUUACAACAGCUCAGCUCCACGAAGCGCAAUAAGUAUGAAUGCCCUGACUUCUACAGAGGCCGCAUCGCAGUAAAUGCUAUACUGUCAAUGCAAACGCCGGAAUGACCUUAAAUCGGCUUUAAGAUUUAGUAACUGUAUAGCCAUCCUGACAGUACGUUGUGUGUUUGUCUGUCUGUGUGCAUCAGGAGCGGGACAUGGACAGGAAGCGUAUUGAGGAGCUGCUAGAAGAGAACCUGGUGCUAGAGAUGGCCCAGAAACAGAGCAUGGACGAGUCUCUCCACCUGGGCUGGGAGCUGGAGCAGCUCUCCAAGACCCCUGAUCUGACAGAGGGUGAGCAGCUUGGCGCAGCAGCCUACAGUAGGCCUACUGGGGCUCUGGCUCCAACCCCGGCCCUGGCCCACCAUACACACACAACAGAUUGGACAGGGUUUAUUUACACAUGAUUAGCUCCUGUAAUUAAUAUUUAAUGAAUCCAAGACCCAGAUUAGCAACGGGCCUGGAUUUGGAACAAUGUUUAUGGGUUUAACUGGUCUUGGAUCAGGAUAAACCCUGUGUGUUUCCUCAGUAACUACAGCGCUGAUAUAGAUCUACAUUAGGGAUGUCCCAUACUUCCUCUUCCCCUUUAGGAAGUUCCUCAACACUAUAACAGAGCCUUUAGAAUUCGGGUGCAGUAUGUUGUUGUGUGUCUAACAGAGUUGGUUUCAUUGUGCAGUGCCUCAGAUGUCUCUGGGCCACGAGGUGAAUGAGCUGACGUCCAGCCGCCUGCUGAAGCUGGAGAAAGAGAACCAGGGCCUGCUGAAAACCGUGGAGGCGUUGAGGGGCUCUGCCAGCGAAGGUGCCCCUGCACGCCGCCUCAAGGCCGACAAGGAGAACCAGAGGCUCACCCAGAGGGUCAGAGCAGCUUUUACACUUGUCCCCUACGUCUUCACACUUGCUGCCUAAACAUGUGCCCUCAUCUGCCCACCCCACAUUGGCUCUUUAUUGCAUCAACAACAUAACAAUGGCUGCCUGCUCUGUAACCCUACAGUACAUUAGCAUCUUUCUCCAGCCCCCUAUAUUUCACCCCAGGACUUGGCUUUCAGGACUCUUAGAUCCAUGACAACAGAGGGAGUUGAAAGAACUGAGUAAAUCCUGAAGUCCAUUUCCUAUUAUUUCUCAGACUUGACACUUGAAGGCCCCUCUCUAAGCUAACUCUCUCAGCUAUUUUCAGAUACUUAAACCUUCUCUGUGCUCUCCACAUAAAAUGCAUGAAAUGUGCAUUUCUCAGGCAAAACUGAGUUAGGCAACAGCACUCUGUCUGUAACAGAGCCCAUUUAAAAGUGAAUCCAAGCAGGAGCUCUUGCACAAUAACAGCCGUUUAACUGGCUGCCUGUAGACAGGCAAUAAGAAGGCCAUUUUGAGUUAAGCUGCUUUGACAUAAUUAAGUGCUUGUGAGUAUAUCUAUGAUAUGAUUAGUAAUAAUCAGCCUGCCUUUUGAAGAAUUUACUCCACAAGUGUGGUGUGUAUGUGUAUACAGUGCCCUUGUAGUUGCUGUUGGUGCCACAGUGUUUGUGCGUUAUGUGGUGUACAGGAAGGGGAGUGGGAGAGAAUAGAUAGAGGAUGAAAUGGCUGCAGUGAAAAGCUUUUAUUUGUAGAUAAUUCAGCCCCCUGCCUUUCCCUUUGUAGAGGGUGUGAGUGAAGUGAGUGGUAACUAUCUAGUGCAGUCAGACAAAGCAGCUACUGGAGGGGAGAGGAGACAACUGAGAUUGGAGCCAGUGUUCAUCGGAAGAGUUCUAUAUGGAGUCGGUUACGCAUCUCUUUAAUAUAGGACAUGCAUCACAACUAUUAGAGAAAUAUAAAUAACAAUGUCUGUGCAUCAAUUCAGUUUUACUUUGGCAAAUCAGGAAAUGAAUUUGAGAACAAUGGGUUCUUCAAUUUAAGUGACCGGAUUACAAUGUAAUUGAGUCCAAUCGUGAUGGGUAAUGAUGUGGUACUGCAUACUGUCAUUGUGUCUGUGAUCUAAGUGACUGGGUGCCAUGGUAACAGUGCAUCCUCUGUGUGUGCCUGCAGCUGGAGCAGAUGGAGAGUGAGCUGAACACAGACCGGGAGAGUCUGCACAGUGCAGAGAGCCUCAGCACCGACCUGAUGAAGGAGAAGGCUCUGUUGGAGAAAACCCUGGAGACACUGAGAGAGAACUCAGAUAGACAGGUACACAGGCAUGCAUGUCCAUGCUCAAGACACAAGCAGCCCUUCAUUUUAGGUGGGUCAAAGGACUGAUUUGAUGUUGUUCUGGUCUUGUUCCAAGAAACUCAAAAUGACAUUACAAUUUAAUCAUUAUGUAUCUGGAUUGAGUUUUCUUAGGAGAGAGCAGUAUUUGUGCUUGCAUUCUCCCAGUGAGUUUGAAGAGCUCUGUGUGGCUUGGGGGGUAAUGAAAGCAGACAGAAUCUAAUGAGGCACCAGACACAGGGAGUUUAGAUUGAUGAUGUUUACAGUAGAAGAACAGGGACACAAGCCAGAUCUCUGGUGGACCUACACUACAGCGUUCAGAGUUAGGGCCAGGAGCUUUUCAUGACCACUCGACCUGAUUAGGAAAGAUUCAGGACCCUAGGGUAUUAUUAGAACAAAUAGUUUUUCAUGGUCAAAUAAUCUCUGGGGCUCUGUUGAUAUUAACACCAUAUUGAAACAUGACUGGAGUUGAAGCUGUCCCAUACCGCCACUCAGACGUCCUCCAUGUUCCAGGUGAAAGGCCUGGAGCAGGAGAACGAGCAUCUGACCCAGACCGUCUCAUCGCUGAGGCAACGCUCCCAGGUGGGCGCUGAGGCGCGGGUCAAAGACGUGGAGAAGGAGAAUCGCGUGCUACACGAGUCCAUCCGGGAGACCAGCUCCAAGCUCAACAAGCUGGAGUUUGAGCACAAGCAGCUACGUAAGGACCUUGAGGUGUACAAGGAGAAGGGCGAGAGGGCGGAGGAGCUGGAGGUGGAGGCGCAGCGGCUGGAGAGGGAGAACGAGGCCCUGCAGAAACGAGUAGCCAGUCUGGGCAUCGCCUGUGAUAAGGUCUGCCCCUGCAUGCAUUGGUGGCUGUAAACUUCACUUAUAUUUGUCGGUGUACCUGGUGUCUAUUGUGUGCCAAAUUAGUCACUUAUUUCUUACUUUGUUGUGCAGCUCCCAUUGUAUACAGUAGAUGGGAGUUUGAAUGAGGAAAAGUGCUUUAUUGACAAAUGUUCCCAUAUUCUCCCAAAUCUUCAGGUGGUGUCUCUGGAGAAGGAGAACUCCGAGCUGGAGGCAGAGGGCCGUCGUUUAAAGAAGUUGGUGGACGGCCUGCGGAGCACAUCCUUCCAGCUGGAGGCCCUGGAGAAGGAGAACUCCCAGCUGGACGAGGAGAACCUGCAGCUUCGCAGGGCUGCUGAGGUGCUCCGCUCGGCUGGGAACAAGGCGGCUCAGCUGGAGCUGGAAAACCGUGAGCUGGAGAGUGAGAGGAGCCAGCUGAAAAGGAGCCUGGAGCUGCUCAAGGCCUCCUCCAAGAAAACUGAGAGGCUCGAGGUGAGCAACCAGGGCCUGGAUACAGAAAACCAGCGGCUGCAGAAGGCCCUGGAGAACAGCAGCCGCAAGAUGCAGCAGCUGGAGGGGGAGCUGCAGGACGUGGAGCAGGAGAACCAGAGCCUGCAGAGGAGCCUGGAGGAACUGAAGAUCUCCAGCAAACGUCUGGAGCAGCUGGAGCAGGAGAAUAAGACUCUGGAGCAGGAGAGCUCUCAGCUGGAGAAGGACAAGAAGCAGCUGGAGAAGGACAACAAGAGGCUGAGACAGCAGGCGGAGAUCAGGGACUCCAAGAUGGACGAGGACAACCUGAGGAUCAGCCACCUGGAGAAGGAGAAUCGCUCCCUGGGCAAGGAGAUGACCUCAUUCAAGGACUCCUGCAACCGCCUCAAAGACCUGGAGAAGGCGAACAAGGAGCUGGUCAAACAGGCCACCAUCGAUAAGAAGACCCUGGUCACUCUGCGAGAGGUAAUGAUGUAGCUACUACCUUAGAAAUGCAUGGUGUAAUGGUAGGAGAUAUAUUGUUAUGGUAAUGCAUUGGGUGAAUGCCCAUAGGACUUCAAAUGUGCAUUUAGAAGAUUGAUUAAAGGAAAACUCCACCCAAAACUAUCUUUUGGUAUUUGUUUCAUUAGUCCAUUGUUGAUAUAGUCCCAACAUGUUUUGCAUGUCAGCAAUCAAGUUUUCAAGAUGUAUUUUGAAAGUAAGAUAUCUUGAAAACUUGAUUGCUGACAUGCAAAACAUUUUGGGACUGACCUUUAGGUUCAGCUAUAAUCAUUGCACCCGCAUUAUGCGAGAAGUAAUAAAACCAGAGCACUAUGCCAACACUUUUUCUCAAACUUGGAACUCCACUAUGUUCCAUUAAGGCCAUUAAGAUUGGAUUAUUCAUGAAUAAAGGAUUAAGUUCUAGGGAUUAUGAAUGUAGAAAGGGAAAGGAAAGGGGGUACCUAGUCAGUUGUACAACUGAAUGCAUUCAACUGAAAUGUGUCUUCCGCAUUUAACCCAACCGUGACUCUGGAUUGGCGUUUGAUGUUCCAGGAACUGGUGAGUGAGAAACUGCGGACUCAGCAGAUGAACAAUGACCUGGAGAAACUGACCCACGAGCUGGAGAAGAUAGGCCUCAACAAGGAGAGGCUGCUGCAGGACGAGCAGAGCUCUGACGACGACAGGUAACACACACACACACACCACUAUGCUGCUGCUCAAAGGUACCCAUCCCCCCAUAAAGAAUUCUAAUCACAUCAAUGAAGGUUCAUAUUAGGCACUCUGCCAACAAUACAGUGUCAAGACAUUGAAUUCUGUCCAGGAAAGAUCCUUUGUCUUUUAAUGAUUGUGAAUGUCCCUUAUGUGCAGGUACAAGCUGCUGGAGUUCAAGCUAGAGUCCACUCUCAAGUCUUCUCUGGAGAUCAAGGAGGAGAAGAUAGCUGCCUUGGAAGCAAGACUGCAGGAGUCCUCCAACCUCAACCAACAACUGCGCCAGGAGCUCAAAACUGUUGAGUCCUAAAACAAUACAGAACAGCAGCCCAGUGAAAAUUCUGUACCAAAACAUUAUCCCAGAGAGGUUCUGUGUUAUGCUUCUUUAACACAUGACUCAGAGAAAUGCUCAAAUGCUUCUCAGAGGCAAUUCAUUAUUUAUUAAUUCCUUUUUCAUUGUGUUAUCUAUUCAUGAGGCACCAGGAGCCUAGAAAACACAGAGAAUAGUUUCCGCAGCAUAUGUUUAACUCUGUGACGAAAACUAGAACUCUUGCCGCUGGGGUGCCAGAACAGAGAACAGUGUUAGUAAUGGAACUCAUAGCAUGGGCAUAUUUUGGGGGGUGGAGGUUUAACCAUUUCACCUUUGACCUCUCCAGGUGAAGAAGAACUACGAGGCCCUGCGACAAAGGGAGGAGGAGGAGAGGAUGGUGCAGAGCUCACCCCCCAGAGGAGGGGACAGGGAGGACUCUCAGGUGGUCAACAAGUGGGAGAAGGAGAGCCACGAGACCACCCGGGAACUGCUGAAGGUCAAAGACCGCCUCAUCGAAGUGGAGAGGAACGUGAGUAAACUCCAUCUAAUCAACAACUCAAAACAAAAACAGCAAUCUUAGAUACAGUAUGUGACAGUGAUGUGUCACUGAAGUGUGAAGGGCCUCUGUAUAUAAUUAAUGCAUGCGUGAAUCUUGUGUGUCUCUCUGUCAUUUUCAGAACGCCACCCUCCAGGCAGAGAAGCAGGCCCUGCAUACCAACCUGAAGCAGCUGGAGACCCAGAGCAGUAACCUGCAGGCUCAGAUUCUGGCUCUACAGAGACAGACUGCAUCUCUACAGGAGAACAACACCACCCUACAGACCCAGAACGCCAAACUACAGGUAAGACCUGGUUCCCUCUGUUGCUCCUUCACUGCCGUUCCCAUGCACCCUAUACGUUGGCCUUGUCUACACUGCAUCCAUAGCCUAUAUUGUAGUUUAAACCCUCCCCAAGCUGUCUCUCUCCACUCUGCCACAUGGCUAGAGAGAAUUCCCAUCUCAUAAGCCACAUCUAACAUUUGACCACUGAUGUUUAUCCAAAUCAGACAAGGACAUGCGAUGUCUCAACCAUCACUGUUUACUGGAUGGACAGGCUGUCUGUGUACACAGUGCCCCCUAUUGCUCAGAACUGACACAUACACCUAUUCAAAUUAUUUGGUGUGGUUCUCACCCUGUUUUUUUUCACAUAACUGAAUAAUCUAAUCCAAUGCAAUGCCUAGAAGGACAUGACAAAAUCCUUGAAUAAAUAGAUCUAGUUAAGGGCAUUUCUGAGUAAAUAAGUUCAGACAGCACAGAUGUCCAAUCAGAUGUCUUGUUUCCCCUUUAGGUGGAGAACUCCACCCUGAACUCCCAGAGUGGUGCUCUCAUGGCCCAAAAUGCCCAGCUUGCGACACAGCAGUCCAGCAUGGAGAACGAGAAGGAGGGGGCGGUGAGGGAGAGGGAGGACCUGAGGUCCACCUAUGAGAUGCUACUGAGGGACCAUGAGAAGUUGGCUGCCCUGCAUGAGAGGCAGGCCUCUGAGUAUGAGGGCCUCAUCGGCAAACACGGAGGCCUGAAAAGUGCCCACAAGAGCCUGGAAUCACAGCACAGAGACCUGGAGGACAGGUGGGGUUUCUACUGGUGCUGUUAUGUGCUUACAGUAUACUGUAGCACAGCUGGCAUCGAUCACACACUUAACCACACACGGCCAAAUACACAUGCAUGACAGUCUUACUAUGCACUCAGUUCCACACUACCAUUACACAGUACUCAAGUCAGAGACACAUAUACACACACAGCUGCCAUCCACUAACUGGUGGUAAUGUGUUGCAGGUAUAACCAGCUGCUGAGGCAGAAGGAUCAGCUGGAGGAGCUGGAGAAACAGCUGAAGGCACAGCAGGAGAAGAUGCUGUCUGAGAACAUGAGCCACGAGGCCACGGCUGUAGACUACUACAAACUGAAGGAGGAGAAUGAAAGGUGAGUGUUUCAGGGACUGAGUUCUGUGUGUGUGUGUCUGUUUGUAUGAGAGAGUGGGGGAGGAGGAGGGGAAUUUGCCCUGAGGGUUACUUUGAGGUGCAAGGGAACAUCCUUAAACUGUCAAUCCAGGUGCAGAGAAAUCUGUGCAAGAAGAUCUUUAGAGAGAGAGGGAAAAGAAAGUCUGCAUGUUUUGAGUGGCAGUAUGCAGACAUUUUAAGUGGUUGCAAUUAGAGAACUAACCAUUUGGUUGUUAUUUUCAAACUGAAAUGUUAAUAAGUGUGUUUUUCCCUCGUCUUGAAAGGUCAGUCCCUCAAACCACGGUUUGACAUGUGACAGGGGCUAUGAGUAAAGAAUGUGCUGUUUAAAAACACAUGAUGACGUCUCUGUGUGUGUUUCUGUGUGUAGGCUGAACAUGGCACACUGCCAGCUGGUGAAGGAUAAUGAGGGACUGCAGGUUGACCAUAAGAACCUGAAGAGCCAGAUGAACGGUGCCAAGCUGGAACAGACCCGCCUGGAGGCGGAGUUCUCCAAACUCAAAGAGCAGUACCAGCAGCUGGACAUCACCUCCACCAAGCUCACCAACCAGUGUGAGGUACGGUUACACUCCCCGCAGUCCCCCUUCACUCCCUCCCACUCACUAACCAGUGUGAGGUACUACAAUAUCUGUACCCCCUUCCCAUAGACUGACCACUAGGUUGUAAUUUUCAUGUUCCACAUAUUUCCCAACUCUAUCACAGUUAACUCUUGGUAAAUGUAGUCAUAUGUUAUGUAAGUGUUCAAAGCCGAUAUGUGGCCUCGGUCCAGACAUGCUUAUGUUUGCCUGACAUCUGUCUGUUGGAAAGGAAGGCUGAUAGAGUAGAUGUGCCUGGGGACACACAGCUGGUUUCUCAAUACCAUGCUCUAUGAGGCUUAACAAGUGUCUGACAUGUAUUCACCCACUGUGAAGGGAAGGCACAGCCCACGUGUAAUACAUACAUACAACAAUGUGAAAGAAACUUGGACACCAUCCACGUUGCUCAAUGAGUAUUUCCCAUUCAAAAUGGAGGUAACAAAAAUAGUAUAUUUCUCUCUCCCUAGUUGCUGAGUCAGUUGAAGGGAAACCUGGAGGAGGAGAACCGUCACCUGUUGGACCAGAUCCAGACCCUGAUGCUGCAGAACCGCUCCCUGCUAGAACAGACCAUGGAGAGCAAGGACCUGUACCACGUAGAACAGAGACAGUACAUGUGAGAGAUGACCCCACUAUUACGUUUUGCAACCCUGUAACCAGUGUUAACUUUAACAUUUCAAUAGGAUAAAUGUCUGUUUCUUGGCUAUGUAGCUAGAUGUCAUUUGUGCCUGUCCCUAACUGGUCUUUCCGUCCUUCACAGUGACAAGCUGAACGUGUUGAGGAGACAGAAGGAGAAGCUGGAAGAGAAGAUCAUGGACCAGUACAAGUUCUACGACCCCUCACCUCCACGGAGGUAAGUAGCUUGGAGGAGUCCACUGCUGUCAUUGUGGUUGGUGCUGUGACCAUAUAUCAGCCUCUGUUAUAGUAAACAGCUGACUGAGACAAAGCUGACACCCCCCACAUGAAAAUAAAAUAUAUAACUGCAGUAGAUUGCUGCAGUUGUCUGGUUAUGGUUCAUUCCAUUGCCUAAUCGACUGCCUUAGCUCGUGUGUGCCUAACCAUUCAGUUCUGAUUCAUUUCCAUGCCUUACUAAAUGCAUAUGGUUGAAGUCUGAACCUAACCAACUCCUGCAUAUGGUUAAAAUGUCUACCUAACGAAGAAGCUCUGGUUCAUGUUUAUGCCUAACCAACAUCAUCAUAGCUGUCUCUGGUGAAUUGGAAGGCUGUGGUUUACAAGAACUCCCCUGUUUCAAUAAGGCACAAAAUGGGAAUACAAAAAAAUUAAUUCCCUUCAUUUCAAAACAUUGCCCCCCUUUUCGUGCCUACUGAACACUACCCAGAGUCAAAUAAUGUACCCCAAAUUACAAACCCCUCCUACUCCCCCUCUCUCUCUCGUCUCAGACGAGGGAAUUGGAUCACCCUGAAGAUGAAGAAGCUGAUCAAGCCGAGGAGUCGGGAGCGGAUGCGUUCCCUGACACUGACGCCCACACGCUCCGAGUCCAGCGAGGGCUUCCUGGGGCUUCCUCUGGACAGCCAGGACUCCUCCUCCAUAGGCUCUGGCUCCAACUCCCUGGAUGACACGCUGACACACAAGAGGAGCAGCAGUGAGUAGACACUCUCUCAGGCCUGCAUGGAAAACACCCUACUGAUCAGAUCAAUCAAGCCUUAUUUGAAGUGCAAUAAAACACAUUAAUAUACUUCACAGUAAAAUAGACACAAUAGAAGGAAGUAAUAUAACUAUAUUUUAAGAGAGUCCGCUCCUGACCAGACAGUCUAGUACUAGGUCUUCCUCUCACUCAAUAUGUCCCUUCCUCUGACCAGAGGGACUAACACACAGGAAGAAGGACUAGAUCACAUAUUAGCUAAAUAAGACACGGGGAGCAGAGCACAUGUUAAUAAAUACAUGUGGGGUUACACACAGGAAAUGCAUGUUCAGGCAGAGACAGGUAAUAUGAUGCACGCAGACAGAGAAACCGAAGUACACUGGGUCAGACAGGAAAGUACACGCUGACACAGACACUAGAACAUGAGCAGGGGUCAUUUGCAGACAGUGAGGUAUGCAGGGCGGGAGACACCAGGACAGUAGCUGCUUGUUGCUGUGUGGUGGCUGGUUGUGUGGGCCUAAUGCUUGCUGUGCUUGUUUUUCUCUCUCUGAACGAUAGGGAAGAAAGACUCUCAGAGAGUGCAGCACUCCCAUGUGCAGAGUAACCAGGGCAACCAAGGUUCCUCUAAUGGUAUGCUGAGAGGGGAGGGCUGGGCGGGGCUUGUAGUCGAGCUGUCCUGUCACUCAAGGCACGUCAACAUGUCGUGACUCAUCCUUCAGUCAAUGGUCGCGUUCCCCUACUCAGAUGUUGCAUGCAUCAACCAAUGCUUGCGUGCCACGUCAUCGACUGAUAGAUUGCUAUAACAUAUGAUGUGGUUAGCUGAUACAUAAAAUACCUAUCCAGGCGUUGUAAGAUCUGGCAGGCGUCAGCAACGCCUGGGCAAAGGAACGCUCCCACAUUCCAUACCUAUUAAACGGUGCAAUGCAUUAUAGGUCACCUGUGCUCAAUGCACCAGCUAUAUAUAUCUAUCUAUCUAUACAGUACCAGUCAAAAGUUAGGACACACCUACUCAUUCAAGGAUUUUUCUUUAUUUUUACUAUUUUCUACAUUGUAGAAUAAUAGUGAAGACAUCAAAACUAUGAAAUAACACAUAUGGAAUCAUGUACAGUGAGGAGAAAAAAGUAUUUGAUCCCCUGCUGAUUUUGUACGUUUGCCCACUGACAAAGACAUGAUCAGUCUAUAAUUUUAUUGGUAGGUUUAUUUGAACAGUGAGAGACAGAAUAACAACAAAAAAAUCCAGAAAAACGCAUGUCAAAAAUGUUAUAAAUUGAUUUGCAUUUUCAUGAGGGAAAUAAGUAUUUGACCCCUCUGCAAAACAUGACUUAGUACUUGGUGGCAAAACCCUUGUUGGCAAUCACAGAGGUCAGACGUUUCUUGUAGUUGGCCACCAGGUUUGCACACAUCUCAGGAGGGAUUUUGUCCCACUCCUCUUUGCAGAUCUUCUCCAAGUCAUUAAGGUUUCGAGGCUGACGUUUGGCAACUCGAACCUUCAGCUCCCUCCACAGAUUUUCUAUAGGAUUAAGGUCUGGAGACUGGCUAGGCCACUCCAGGACCUUAAUGUGCUUCUUCUUGAGCCACUCCUUUGUUGCCUUGGCCGUGUGUUUUGGGUCAUUGUCAUGCUGGAAUACCCAUCCACGACCCAUUUUCAAUGCCCUGGGUGAGGGAAGGAGGUUCUCACCCAAGAUUUGACGGUACAUGGCCCCGUUCAAUUGUCCCUUUGAUGCGGUGAGGUUGUCCUGUCCCCUUAGCAGAAAAACACCCCCAAAGCAUAAUGUUUUCACCUCCAUGUUUGACGGUGGGGAUGGUGUUCUUGGGGUCAUAGGCAGCAUUCCUCCUCCUCCAAACAUGGCGAAUUUAGUUGAUGCCAAAGAGCUCUAUUUUGGUCUCAUCUGACCACAACACUUUCACCCAGUUCUCCUCUGAAUCAGUCAGAUGUUCAUUGGCAAACUUCAGACAGGUCUGUAUAUGUGCUUUCUUGAGCAGGGGGACCUUGCGGGCGCUGCAGGAUUUCAGUCCUUCACGGCGUAGUGUGUUACCAAUUGUUUUCUCGGUGACUAUGGUCCCAGCUGCCUUGAGAUCAUUGACAAGAUCCUCCCGUGUAGUUCUGGGCUGAUUCCUCACCGUUCUCAUGAUCAUUGCAACUCCACGAUGUGAGAUCUUGCAUGGAGCCACAGGCCGAGGGAGAUUGACAUUUAUUUUGUGUUUCUUCCAUUUGCGAAUAAUCGCACCAACUGUUGUCACCUUCUCACCAAGCUGCUUGGCAAUGGUCUUGUAGCCCAUUCCAGCCUUGUGUAGGUCUACAAUCUUGUCCCUGACAUCCUUGGAGAGCUCUUUGUUCUUGGCCAUGGUGGAGAGUUUGGAAUCUGAUUGAUUGAUUGAUUGCUUCUGUGGACAGGUGUCUUUUAUACAGGUAACAAACUGAGAUUAGGAGCACUCCCUUUAAGAGUGUGCUCCUAAUCUCAGAUCAUUACGUGUAUAAAAGACACCUGGGAGCCAGAAAUCUUUCUGAUUGAGAGGGGGUCAAAUACUUAUUUCCCUCAUUAAAAUGCAAAUCAAUUUAUAAAAUUUAUGACAUGCGUUUCUCUGGAUUAUUUUGUUGUUAUUCUGUCUCACUGUUCAAAUAAACCUACCAUUAAAAUUAUAGACUGAUCAUUUCUUUGUCAGUGGGCAAACGUACAAAAUCAGCAGGGGAACAAAUACUUUUUUCCCUCACUGUAGUAACCAAAAAAGUGUUAAACAAAUCAAAAUAUAUUUUAGAUUGUAGAUUCUUCAAAAUAGCCACCCUGUGCCUUGAUGACAGCUUUGUACACUCUUGGCAUUCUCUCAACCAGCUUCAACUGGAAUACUUUUCCAACAGUCUUGAAGGAGUUCCCACAUAUGCUGAGCACUUGUUGGCUGUUUUUCCUUCACUCUGAUGUCCAACUCAUCCCAAACCAUCUCAAUUGGGUUGAGGUCGGGUGAUGCAGCACUCAAUCACUCUCCUUCUUGGUCAAAUAGCCCAUACACAGCCUGGAGGUGUGUUUUGGGUCAUUGUCCUGUUGAAAAACAAAUGAUAGUCCCACUAAGCGCAAACCAGAUGGGAUGGUGUAUCGCUGCAGAAUGCUGUGGUAGCCAUGCUUGUUAAGUGUGCCUUGAAUUCUAAAUAAAUCACAGACAGUGUCACCAGCAAAGCACCCUCACACCAUCACAGCACCUCCUCCAUGCUUCACGGUGGGAACCACACAUGCGGAGAUCAUCCGUUCACCUACUCUGCAUCUCACAAAGACACAGCGGUUGAAACCAAAAAUCUCAAAUUUGGACUCAUCAGACCAAAGGACAGAUUUCCACCGGUCUAAUGUCCAUUGCUCGUGUUUCUUGGCACAAGCAAGUGUAUUCUUCUUAUUGGUGUCCUUUAGUAAUGGUUUCUUUGCAGCAAUUUGACCAUGAAGGCCUGAUUCACGCAGUCUCCUCUGAACAGUUGAUGUUGAGAUGUGUCUGUUACUUGAACUCUGUGAAGCAUUUAUUUGGGCUGCAAUCUGAAGUGCAGUUAACUCUAAUGAACGUAUCCUCUGCAGCAGAGGUAACUCUGGGUCUUCCUUUCCUGUGGCGGUCCUCAUGAGAGCCAGUUUCAUCAUAGCGCUUGAUGGUUUUUGCUACUGCACUUGAAGAAACUUUAAAAGUUAUUGAACUUUUCCGGAUUGACUGACCUUCAUGUCUUAAAGUAAUGAUGGACUGUAAUUUCUCUUUGCUUUUUGAGCUGUUCUUGCCAUAAUAUGGACUUGGUGUUUUACCAAAUAGGGCUAUCUUCUGUAUACCACCCCUACCUUGUCACAACACAACUGAUUGGCUCAAACGCAUUAAGAAGAAAAUAAAUUCCACAAAUUAACUUUUAAGAAGGCACACCUGUUAAUUGAAAUGCAUUCCAGGUGACUACCUUAUGAAGCUGGUUGAGAGAAUGCCAAGAGUGUGCAAAGCUAGCAUUAAGGCAAAGGGUGGCUACUUUGAAGAAUCUCAAAUCGAAAAUAUAUUUGUUUAACACUUUUUUGGUUACUACAUGAUUCCAUGUGUUAUUUCAUAGUUUUGAUGUCUUCACUAAUAUUCUACAAUGUAGAAAAUAGCAAAAAUAAAGAAAAACCUUGGAAUGAGUAGGUGUGUCCAAACUUUUGACGUGUGCGUGCAUGCGCACACAGUGUCUUGCGAAAGUAUUCACCCCCCUUGGCAUUUUUCCUAUUUUGUUGCCUUACAAUCUGGAAUUAAAAUGGAUUUUUGGGGGAUUUGUAUCAUUUGAUUUACACAACAUGCCUACCACUUUGAAGAUGCAAAAUAUGUUUUCUUGUGAAACAAACAAGAAAUAAGACAAUAAAACAGAAAACUUGAGCCUACAUAACUAUUCACCCCCCGAAAGUCAAUACUUUGUAGAGCCACCUUUUGCAGCAAUUACAGCUGCAAGUCUCUUGGGUUAUGUCUCUAUAAGCUUGGCACAUCUAGCCACUGGGAUUUUUGCCCAUUCUUCAAGGCAAAACUGCUCCAGCUCCUUCAAAUUGGAUGGGUUCCACUGGUGUACAGCAAUCUUUAAUCAUACCACAGAAUCGCAAUUGGAUUGAGGUCUGGGCUUUGACUAUUCCAAGACAUUUAAAUGUUUCUCCUUAAACCACUCUAGUGUUGCUUUAGCAGUAUGCUUAGGGUCAUUGUCCUGCUGGAAGGUGAACCUCUGUCCCAGUCUCAAAUCUCUGGAAGACUGAAACAGGUUUCCCUCAAUUUCCCUGUAUUUAGCGCCAUCCAUCAUUCCUUCAAUUCUGACCAGUUUCCCAGUCCCUGCCGAUGAAAAACAUCCCCACAGCGUGAUGCUGCCACCACCAUGCUUCACUGUGGGGAUGGUGUUCUCGGGGUGAUGAGAGGUGUUCGGUUUGCGCCAGACAUAGCGUUUUUCCUUGAUGGCCAAAAAGCUCAAUUUUAGUCUCAUCUGACCAGAGUACCUUCUUCCAUAUGUUUGGGGAGUCUCCCACAUGCCUUUUGGCGAACACCAAAUGUGAUUGCUUAUUUUUUUAUUUAAGCAAUGCCUUUUUUCUUGCCACUCUUCCGUAAAGCCCAGCUCUGUGGAUUGUUCGGCUUAAAGUGGUCCUAUGAACAGAUAUUCCAAUCUCCGCUGUGGAGCUUUGCAGCUCCUUCAGGGUUAUCUUUGGUAUUUUUGUUGCCUCUCUGAUUAAUGCCCUCCUUGCCUGGUCUGUGAGUUUUGGUGGGCGGCCCUCUCUUGGCAGGUUUGUUGUGGUGCCAUAUUCUUUAAAUUUUUUAAUAAUGGAUUUAAUGGUGCUCCGUGGGAUGUUCAAAGUUUCUGAUAUUUUUUUAUAACCCAACCCUGAUCUGUACUUCUCCACAACUUUGUCCCUGACCUGUUUGGAGAGCUCCUUGGUCUUCAUGGUGCCGCUUGUUUGCUGGUGCCCCUUAUUUAGUAGUGUGGCAGACUCUGGGGCCUUUCAGAACAGGCGUGUAUAUAUCUAUAUAUCUAUAUAUCUGAGAUGAUGUGACAGAUCAUGUGACACUUAGAUUGCACACAGGUGGACUUUAUUUAACUAAUUAUGUGACUUCUGAAAGUGAUUGGUUGCACCAGAUCUUAUUUAGGGGCUUCAUAGCAAAGGGGGUGAAUACAUAUGCAUGCACCACUUUUCCGAUAUUAAUUUUUUAGAAUUAUUUGAAACAAGUAAUUUUUUUCAUUUCACUUAACCAAUUUGGACUAUUUUGUGUAUGUCUAUUACAUGAAAUCCAAAUAAAAAUCAAUUUAAAUUACCGGUUGUAAUGCAACAAAAUAGGAAAAACGCCAAGGGGGAUGAAUACUUUUGCAAGGCACUGUGUGUUUGUGUAUGUGUAUAUACAGUGGAGAGAACAAGUAUUUGAUACACUGCCGAUUUUGCAGGUUUUCCUACUUACAAAGCAUGUAGAGGUCUGUAAUUUUUAUCUUAGGUACACUUCAACUGUGAGAGACGGAAUCUAAAACAAAAAUCCAGAAAAUCACAUUGUAUGAUUUUUAAAUAAUUAAUUUGCAUUUUAUUGCAUGACAUAAGUAUUUGAUACAUCAGAAAAGCAGAACUUAAUAUUUGGUACAGAAACCUUUGUUUGCAAUUACAGAGAUCAUACGUUUCCUGUAGUUCUUGAAGGUAGGCCUUGAAACAUAUCCACAGGUACACCUCCAAUUGACUCAAAUGAUGUCAAUUAGCCUAUCAGAAGCUUCUAAAGCCAUGACAUCAUUUUCUGGAAUUUUCCAAGCUGUUUAAAGGCACAGUCAACUUAGUGUAUGUAAACUUCUGACCCACUGGAAUUGUGAUACAGUGAAUUAUAAGUGAAAUAAUCUGUCUGUAAACAAUUGUUGGAAAAAUUACUUGUGUCAUGCACAAAGUAGAUGUCCUAACCGACUUGCCAAAACUAUAGUUUGUUAACAAGAAAUGUGUGGGGUGGUUGAAAAACGAGUUUUAAUGAUUGCAACCUAAGUGUAUGUAAACUUCUGACUUCAACUGUAUGUAUGUAUGUGUAUAUAUAUGUGUGUAUAUAUAUAUAUAUGUGUGUGUGUGUGUGUGUGUGUGUGUGUGUGUGUGUGUAUAUAUAUAUAUAUAUACACACACACAACAUACAGAUGCACACAAACAUCAACAUCAACAGACCCACCUGUUCUCACCUCUAUCUCCAGUGCCUGCACUACUCUCUGCCACAUCCUCAAAUCACACCAUUUUCUUCCUUUCCGUCGUCCACAUUCUUUCAAUAUUUAGAUUAUGAAGCAUAUGAUUUUUCCAUUGACUUAACGAUGGAUGAUUGGUUGAUUUCCGGUUAAGUAUACGCUUUUUCAAGAUAAUUGACGAAAAAAGUAUCGUCCAACCCAUCAGUUAUCUCACUGCCCCCUCAUAUGACAUGUCUUGAAAUAUGCAGAAGUAAAUUUACAUUGUAAUACUUCUGACAAUACUUUUUAGCUAUACUAAAGACAACCUUUUAUGUAACCACAUUUGUUUUGUCUUUUAAUCGCUAUACUAAAGAACCUUUUAUGUAACACACACACACACACAAUAUGACAAAUGUCUAUAAAAGUUUCGCCUUUAAAUUUCUGUAAAAUGUAGACAGUCUAUAGAACACACGGAGGUUUCUGUGGAGCUGGAAAUCUAAAAUGGUGUCUCCUGUACAGUCCCAGAAUCUACUCUGUUUCUUGCAUUAGUAAUGGGAUCCCUGUGGACAUUCCUUCCACUGCAGUGCCGUUCCCCUGGUCUCACUGUUAUACCCUCUUAAUUGCACCCUUUAAUAAACGUCACCCUAUGUGUGGUGUUCUGUGUGUUUGUAGUAUCUGCUGGCAGCCUGUUGUCUUCGAUGUGGCAAACCUCUUUACAGCCAUCCCACUUUGCUGUGUGCGUGGCGUUUUGUGUAUGAAUGUGUUUGAACAGUGAGUGAGCGUUAAAGUGUGUCACUGCAUUUGCCCCAAUAUUUAUGUAACACUCUGUGUUUGUUUUAUUACCAGUUGAGUCUUCAGGGCGGUACACUGGUUCCCUCCUGGUUCUCAGCGUUAACAUCCAUCUGUUUUUCCCCUCCUUUCUUUUCCCCCUCCUUUCUUUUCCUCUCCAUCUCCCCUGGUCUUUCUGUUUCUCCCCUCUCUGCUUUGGCUGUAAACUGACAGCUCUGAAAAGGUUGCCCUUUAUGAGGAACAGAUCGAAGGAGAAAGACAAAGCGAAGGCCAUCUACCGCCGGUCCAUGUGUAAGACCUCCGAUAGCCUGGCGUCAUACCACCUCCCUCCAUUCACCUCCUCUGGCCUGCGCCUGCCUGCUUCCCUCACCUAGCUUCUCUUCUCAUAGCUUCUAGCUGGUUUCUUUCCUUCCUUUCUAGGAAUAAACAAAACUGAAAUACACUAAUUUAUCACCAAUAGUAGAUACAUAUAUCUUAACAACUCAUUUUGUUGGGUUACAUUUGUGUACAGUCGAAGUAAUGACAUACAAGAACUAACAAAUGUAGAUAUUAGUUCAAACUAACGCUCUUCAAUGAUUAACAACACUAAUGUGAGGUAAUGUGAGUGGUAGUAGUGGUGUUCUGUGAACUGUAGUUCUCUUUCUGUAUUUUUUUUCACUGUAGUUUUGUGUUGUAUCUGUAGAUGCGCUCUAGGUUAGUUUUAGUCUAGGUUAUAAUUUUUUGGGGGGGGAACUCAAUCGGGUCUCAACUUACUGUUGCGAGUUAGAAUAGUAGAAUUCACAAGGUGCAAUUUCAAAAAUGUGGUUGUGGAUCAGCAGUUUUCUUGUUAUGUCAGUCACUGAUAGUCAGUCAAUUAGCCCAUGUCAGCAAAAAAAGUUUUUAUCGCUAUUUAACGCCCAGCUAUCUAAACUUGUUAUCAUGGUCGAAUUACCGGCCGGGGGGGCCCCAUUGAUUUUGUUAGUCAGUCUCACUCAGAUAUCAAAUUAAAAACUUCAAACAUUUUUCUCCACCCUAUGGCAAAAUGUGUAGAAUUAUAUGAUAUUAGUUAUAAAAUUGCAAAAUCUUCUCUUCGCCCAAUGGCAAAAUGUGUACAAUUGCAGCAAACUUGGUUGAAAACUGCACCAUUUUCUCUACACCCCAUGGCAAAAUGUGUGGAAUUGCACAAAAUUUACUCUAAAACUUAAACAUUUUCUCUCCGCUGUCAAGAGGGGGGCCACUAAAAUGUCUUGCUCGCAAUGUGGGCAACUGCGGCCCCUCAUGAUGAGUUCAGAUUUUUUGUGGCCCCCACCCUCAUCAAAGUUGCCCGUUCCUGGUCUAGGUCUAGUCCAUGUAUAUGUGACAGUGCAGUCGGGCGGUACCGUAUGCCAUUCCACUGUUCUCUACUGUACUGUAUAGUGUGGUGUGGUCUGUGGAUGUGUGUGGCCUGCACUGUGUGACUCCCCAUCCCAUCUAUAUAUCUCUGCCUGAAGUGUGAGCGCAGCCUGCCAUCUCACUCACUCGUCUCUCACUACAGCGCUGCUGCAGGCAUGACUUAGCAGAACUGCACUGCGCUCUCUCUCUGUCUCUCUCGCCACCUCUCACUCACAGCCACCAUGUAGGAAUUGAAAUAGAGCCUUCCAGUGCUUUUUUUCUCUUUCUCUAUAUAGCUUUCGCUCUUUUUCCCUUUUUUCUUUCUUACCUUCCCUGCCUUUUUUAUCUGUCACUCUCUGCUAUUUUUUCGGAGUCUUUUUCAGUUUGGCUGCAUUUCAGCUCUUGUGCAUGCCUUGCCGACAUGGGCUUGCACACACUGACAGUGGCACAUCUCUGAAUGCUGCUGCUCAGACUCUUAGCAGCCACUGCAUGCUUAGCCUAGCCUAGCGCUGCUCCCUGUGCCCUCCCACUAGGGCCACCACAUAAGCUAAGGAGGUAUCGGCUAAUUCAUCUUCAUCUCCAACCCAGCCAUGAACGACCUGCUGCAGACCAUUGCCGUGGCAGGGGGCCAGUGGGCGGGCAGCACAGAGAACCUGGAAGGGCCCGUGGAGGCCAACGGGGGCAGCAGUAGUCGGCGCAUGAAGGAGCUGGGCUCCAUGGCCUACUCCACCAACGCUAUCAACUACACCACCCUCACCCUGCCCUCUGGCAACAGGGCCAAGAGCAGCCUGAAGAUCAAAGGUAGAGACUACAGGACCACUAGUCGACCCCCCCCCCCCCCCCUCCUUCUGUGUGGUGAUGUGGUGAACUAUCAUAUAGGAUGUGUAUUUACUACCGGUCUUACUGUGUUUCAGAAUUAAGUCAUUGUUUAAUCCAUUGUAAAUGUAUUUUUUUCUUUCAUCAUUUCCAUUUUUCCCUUGUGAUUUUGACACCUGUGAAUGCCUACCAUCAUACUCUAGAUUUCAGAAGAUUGGCUGCCACAUACUUUGCUUCCCUCAUAAGCCCUAUUCUCCUGUAGUCUCUCCAUCCCUCCAGCCAUAACUCAUAUUUCCACAUCUCUUUGUCUCCUCCAGACAACGCUUCCUGUGAAGACGUUCCAGCAUCCUCAGACGACCCCAUUGGGGUCAGAGGUCAAGGUAAGAGAACUGUUGACCUUUAGGAUAAACUCCCAUUAGUAUUAUUUAACCACAGUGCUUUACACCAGUUUAUUACUGGGAGACAAAAGAAUAAAAUAUCAAAUGGCAAAAAAUAGGCAACAAUAAGUGUAAAUGUCGUGCCACUAGAAGCUUGGUCCAUAUCUCUACAUUUCAGUUUGCUACCAUUAGAGCAGGGUUCUAUAACCCUGUUCCUGGAGAGAUACCCUCCUGUAGGUUUUUGCUCCAUUCCAGUUGUAACUAACCUGAUGCAGCUGAUCAACCAGCUAAUUAUUAAAAUCAGGUGCUAGAUUAGGGUUGGAGGGAAAACCUACAGGACGGUACCGCUCCAGGAACAGGGUUGUAGAGCCCUGCAUUAGAGUAGAUCUGCCUAAAUGACUAGAUUUGGCAUGCUAUCAUUAACAGUAAACUCUGCCUAACAAAUGGUCUUAAGCAGCAUUCCUCCAUUAGCUAGUAGAUCAGGCUGUCUGCCUACUCCAUUCUCCAACUUACACACACAUAUCACAAUUGGUGUCCAUUAUCUAAAUUUUCUGUGCACUCUUGGCUAGCUAAAAUGUCCUCCCACUAUCAUGUACAUUGUGUUAUACAGUAAUGUACCUAUUUUUAUUAUUGCAUGAACUUUACGAGAACUGUCUGUUUUAUUGCACUUUGUUACAAUGUUCUGUAAUGUUGGUGAGUUAGCUAAUAUAAUGGCAGAUAGCCUAGUACAAUGCAUUAUUUCCUAAAGUGAGCAAAACUACCAGUAGCUCAGUAUAAGUGAACUGCACCACUGUAGCCCAGUGGAGUGUAUAACAUCUGUGGGAGCAGGUUAACCCAGUUAGCUGUGUGUGUUGAAUGUGCCAGGCCUACAGGUCUUUAGCAGUGCUCAGGCUCUGUCGCCCUCUGCCCUCUACCCAUCCACUAUGUGCAGAGUCCCCUGUAGCAUCUGUUGUAAGUGACACACCUGUGUACAUCUGUCUAAGACCACUAACAGUGCCACUUUACUCAAGACUGCUACUGCUAUCAAUGAUUACCUGCUGACAUCACUUCCCCAAUACUACUACUGUACCAACCACACCAAACCUGAACCAACUUGAAGACCACUAAUAACAGCAACAACGUAUCAAUUUGCAUCCCACACAUUCACAUACAGCCCACCUAUCUUUUGGUACAUUCCUCUGCCCCGGGUCUCCUCCUCUCCUACUCCUCUCAAUUACCUGAGCCCCUCCCGUGUUGGCCUCUGGGUCAUGUCAAUCACAAGGCCCCUCUUUCCUCCAAUCAGGUUUUACAAUAGGUUUUUCCUCGUGAAUGAUUCCUCCCUUUGAGUUUGUGUGCCCCUCCCCUCUCCACUCCCUUUGUGUGAUUGGGCAUGUUGUUGGAGUUGCAUGGCACCGUGCCACCCCUCCUGCCUGCAUACACCAUCUGCUGCCCCGUGUGACGUGUCCUCUCAAUCUGUGUGCCCUCUUAUCCCUAUCCAGACUCCAGACCCUCCAGCCUCCAUAGUAUCAAGACCAUCAGUAGUAAUAGCAAUAAUAACUCCCACUCCUCUCCGCUCGAGGCCAAAGGUACAGUCACACCACUAACCAGAACACCCCUUCUCUCCCACGCUCCUGCAUACGACACCUCCUUCAUUGUACUCUCUCUUGAUUCUCACACACACAUACACACACAAUAGAUAAAAAGAGAGAGAGAAAAAACCUACAGAACCCUUUUGUAAUCUAUUAACAUUGAUACGGUAACUCUUUUCGGAAUGGCUUCCUCUCUCUAUCUGAGAUAUGUUCUGGAAGGGUCCAGGCUAGGUUCUUGCAUAUUUUUUAUUUAUUUGCGUUGUCACAAAAAAGCAGGUUUCUGAGCUAUGCUGGUUUAUAUCCAGAGUCUGUCAUCACCUUGGGGUGAUACUUGUAUGUUAGUACCUGAGUUAGUCAUACACUGUUAGAGCAGAACUCACCUACAGUAGUGUGUUUCUCUUCAGGCACGUUGAAUGGAAACCUCAGCAGGCCCCACAGUGAGAGCAGUGGGGAGUUCAGCCUCAGUCUGGACCAGGAGGAGUGGUCCAGUGGGAGCAGCCCUGUCCAGCACCUCCUGUCCCGCUCCUCUCACCAGAGCCCCAUGCUGCUGCGGAGGUCCCUGGACCCCCAGGCCACACAGGCCAAGAAGAAGAAUGGCAGCGCCAGCGAGGUGGUCUCUCUACAGCAGUUCCUAGAGGAGAGCAUCGACCCUGCAGAGGUGACAGCCUGGAACACACAUGAACACUAGAUUAAGACUUUAAUAUACUAUUUUUUAGAUAGGAGUACUGUUUUAUUCAUAGGUUUCAGAUGUGCUAUGAUAAGAAACAAGUAGAAGUUAUUUCACCACUCAAGUCUGCUAUAAAACCCAGGUAAUAUCAUGGUAUGGUAACUUUAAUGUCUCUUCUCCAUCAAUAGUCGGGCAGCCAAGAGAAUCUGACCAUUGAGUCUCCCCGCCUCUCUGGAGGCACUGAGCACGUGCAGAGAGACCGGACAGAGCGAGGCUCCACUGGCACUAAGGGGCGGGGCAUCCUGCGCUCAGCCAGUGGGAAGGCAGCGCCAGUGAACUCAGAUGGCCGCCCCUCCAGGGCUGCCCAACCAGGUCGUCCCAGCCUACGAAAGGCAGAGAGUACGCGUGUGAAGGGCAUGGUCCAGCCACGGGUCAGCCUCUCCUCCCAAAGUAAAGCCAUGUCUGUGUCUGAGCGUCUGGACAUCUCCUCCUCCACACUGCCCCGGGCCAGCAGCGUCAUAUCCACAGCCGAGGGCUCCACACGUCGGACCAGCAUCCACGACAUGUUGUCCAAAGACACCCGGCAGCCCGUGUCUGUGGACCCCACACCCUCCUCAAAGGCCUUGCCUCGCGCCUACACCACGCCCAGUGAGUACCCCCCAACCAACAACCCCUUCCAGUCCCAACAUCCCAACCACCAGUCCAUCCCCCUAGCCCCAGCCCCCAUGCCCCUGUUGAAGUCAGUCAGUAUGCCUAGCACAGGCAGUCAGCACCCACCCAGUUGUAGGGAAACUGACCUCUCCAGCCUAGAGUCUUUCUUUGGCUCAUCCUUCACAGUAGAGUCAGUGUUUAUGGACUCCAUCUUCAGCGAGCCAGCCUUCACAGGGGGCAGUGGCAAGAGCCACACCUUCCUUGCCCUCAACACCUCCCUGGUUAGUAACAUCAGCGGCCCCCCAGUCAAAACCCACCUCUUGCCCAACCCUGCCCAAACCACCCAGAACCAACCAAAUGUGCUAAAGCCCAGCCCACCUGACCAGAAUGGGGAACAUGAGGUCAUUGACACCAAUCAUGUGCUUGAUGCUGACCAAUCUCCACCCCUUAGCCCAGAGGAUCAACAAUCGUUGUGGUAUGAGUAUGGCUGUGUC